GUUUAGGGCAUUAUACCGCUUGGUCGCCAUACUGCCCAGGGGCAAUGCCCCCACCAUCUCUGCCGGUAAUAUAUUGUGUAAGCUAGUUUUAUAAUGGAGAGUCCGUGCUGCUCGCACUGAUAGUGUAAUGUACGCGCCAGGCAGCUGCCAUACACAGUAUGGUAAUAACCUCCCGAGCACAGCUACACUACAUCUCCCUCAGGCCCCGCGCGGCGCCAUCUGAUGAUAAUAAUAAUAACAGAGCUGUAAACACAAAGACGCCCACCGCUCGUGCCAACUGUCUGCGCUCCACCGGCCAUUUUAGCGAAGCUCAGCUGUGCGCAAGUCAAUAGACCUUGGUCUCCAGAACAAUGGCUGCCAACGCCGAAACUCUACGCUCUGCACGGGAGACCUUGUUAGUGAGAGUAGGUGUGCCGCUCUGAGCGGUGUUUAGAACUCUUCCAGGAGCGCUGUGUGCUGGGCUGGCUGCUGCUGCUGCUGUCCUGCGAGCUGUGUGUUACCUGAUGACGUUGGCAGUCUAUAGGAUAGGUAGAGGUCCGGGAGUGACAGUGACAAUGUGGCCACAAGGAAGCAGCGCCUGGCCGGGGACUAGCCAGCUCUCUGUGCCCACUGCCUGCAUUGGCCAUCAAUAGGGGGGCUUCACCAACAGAGGGUGAGUGUGUAUAGACAGCCUGGAAAUAGCAAACAUUCAUCAUUACUAUAUAUCUGUCUGUCUGCAUCAUCAUCAUCAUUAUUAUUAUUAUUGAUUUACAGCAUCCUGUUCACAACAUGCAGCUAGGAGUAGCACUCACUGAGUUCACCUACACACAGCUACAUACAUACAUAGCUUCAUUGACUAAAGAUUUCUUAAAUGCUUCUUUAUAGUUAUCAAAUAUGUAUUUGAGACAUGUGAAAACUAUAUUUCAACAUCUCUUUAUCCUGCAACAAUCAUUACAAACUCUGUUUCCUGGCACUUAAAGGGACACUCCAGGCACCCAGACCACUUCUGCCCAUUGGAGUGGUCUGGGUGCCAACUCCCACUACUCUUAACCCUGCAACUGUAAAUAUUGCAGUUUUUUUAUACUAGACGGCACUUCCUGAUUCAUAGCAAAGAUUUUCUUUGCUAGAGCGUCGCUGGACGUCCUCACGCUGUGUGAGGACCUCCAGUGUCGCUCAAUUCCCCAUAGGAAAGCAUUGAAAAUCUUUUUCAAUGCUUUCCUAUGGGAAGACCUAAUGCGCGUGCGCGGCAUUGCCGUGCAUGCGCAUUAGGUUUUCUCAGCUGGUGGGCAGGAUCAGUCUCGCCCACCGGCUGACGUGAUUACUGGGAGGAGCGACGUCGACCCGAAACCACUGCCGAGGGACAUCAGUGGGGUCUCAGGUAAGUGACCUGAAGGGGUUUUCACCCCUUCAGCUACCUGGGAUGGGAGGUGGGAUGUAGAGGGGACCUGCAGUGCCAGUAAAACGGAUUGUUUUCCUGGCACUGGAGUUUUCCUUUAACAUAAAACAGAGAAAAGAAGACAUUAAACAUUGUUUCUAUAUUUCCUCUGUAUUUGACUUUGUCUGACCUGGAUUAUAUUGCCAUUUGGUAAAUCUUUAUUAUAAAUUUGAAAGAAACCGAAAGAACAGAACAAAAAAGUUAAUAUGAGUUAUAGGAGAUUUUUCGAGAUUUUUUAUUCACUUGUUUCAAUUCCAGAGACUGGUAACAGUUCACCUUUAAAUUAAAACAAAAAAAAAAUAUUACAAAUGAGGGCUUAACAGCAUAUUGCCUACACAGCUACACACAGGAAUAAAAAUGUUAAUUAUCGAUUACCUCAAGCUUAUAUUUAUUAGUACCUAAAAACAAAAUCGGUGUUUAAACAUUAAAAAAAAUGUCGUACAGCAGAGAUUAAUCCAUACAAAUAUUUGAAAAAUAUAACAUAAGCCUUGAAAUUUAAAAACAAGAAAUUCAACCUAAAAAUGGAACUCGGUUGGUACUGAGUACUCAGUUUACUCACUGGUACUCAGUGUUUGUGACCUACUAAAAAAGACUGGACAUACCCCAUUUGAAAUACCUUGGGUUGUCUUCUAUUGCAAAUGGUAUGCCAUCAUGGGGGUAAUUCUAAUUCCUGGGCUACCAUACGGUCUCAAAAGCAACGUAACCAAUCUGGCGAAUUUCAGUGUGAAAAAACUGAAAAAUUUAAUGCUAAAUUUGAUCCUGUAACUUCCCAAAACACCAUAAAACUUGUACAUAAGGGGUACUGUUUUAAACGUGAGACAUUGCUGAAUACACAUUUGUGUAUUUUAUUGCAGUAAAAGCAAACCGUAUUAUGACAUUCAAAGUUAAAAUAUCAUGUAGAACUAAAAAAAUGUAUGUAUUUUCUCCUAUUUUUUUACAUUUCAUUCAUAUUAAAUUAUGUUUCAUAGGUAAAUAUUUGAUGUUAAAUGAAAUGAUAUAUAAUAAAUGUGGGUGCACUUAAUAUGAAAAUGUUGAAUUACGGUUGAACAGACAUAGUCAAAUUCCAGGUUUUGUUUUCAUCACAAUGUGUACAUUUGGCUCAGUCCUUAAGGGGUCAAGGUAAUAGAGAACACGUGAUAAUAACAUUUCAAAUCUUCAUAGUUACUUAAAAUCUCCUCUCUGGAGCAAAUAAAUCCCCAUAUUUAUUUUCUUAAGAUAUAUUAUUUAAAGGGACACUAUAGGCACCAAAGCAACCUUAGCUUAUAGAGAGACCAUAGUCACCAUAUCAUCUACAGCUUAAAGAGACACUAUAGUCACCCAAACCACCUCAGCUCAAUGAAGUGGUCUUGGUGCCAGGUCCCCCAGGUUUUAACCCGGUCCCUGUUUCCUUUAGACCUGCCCACUGCCUGCUAACAUCAUCAGAAGUGGUGGCCUGAUCCAAUCACAAUGCUUUCCCAUAGGAUUGGCUGAGCCUGACAAGGAGGCAGAUCAGGGGCAGAGCCAGCACAAUUCAAACACAGCCCUGGCCAAUCAGCAUCUCCUCAUAGAAAUGAAUUGAAUCUCUAUGAGGAAAGUUCAGUGUCUGCAUGCAGAGGGAGGAGACACUAAAUGUUUGGAUGCAUUUUAGGCAGCCAUGACCCAGGAAGGAUCUCUAACAGCUAUCUGAGGAGUGGCCAGUGAAGUUAUCACUAAGCUGUAAUGUAAACACUGCUUUUUCUCUGAAAAGACAAUGUUUACAGCAAAAAGCCGGAAGGUAAUGAUUCUACUCACCAGAACAAAUUCAAUAACCUGUUGUUGGUCAGGUGACUAUAGUGCCCCUUGAUUCAAAGCAUCUCCAUGAGGAGGUCCUGAUUGGCCAAAUUAGCAUUUGGCCCGCCUCGUGCCGAUUUUAGCCAUUUUGCUGAUGUCACAAAGGGGACGGAGCCAGCCUCGGUGGACUCACCCGACACUGGAAAUAAUGUGUGUUUUAAACUUUUAUAUGGGGGUUGGGGGGCAAGCCACCUAAAUGGUGGAUUUAGCACUAUAUGGUCAGGAAUAUAUGUUUGUGUUCGUGACCCUAUAGUGAUCCUUUAAUUAAAGGGUUACUCCAGGCACCAUGACGUUUUCAGUGAUUGAGUCUGUAUGUGCAUCAUUUCACUUGGAAAUGCUGCACAAAUGCAGUUCAAUUUCUCUGCUGCCACAGGUUCUCGACUGGCUAAUAUCAUUUCUGUGCAAAUUUGAAUACACAGAAUCUAAUUCAUUGUCUGAGAGCAGUCAAGUGACUCUUUCAGGCAGAGAACGAGUUGCAGGACCGCAAUGCCACUUAUGCAGUUGUGCAGAAGCCAGUGGAGAUCCAGCACCCAGCAGGACCACGUAAGCGGGCAAAAUACUGUAAAUGGAGCCAGAAUACAUCAUAACCAUUACUGCGAGCUGUAGUCAUUAUGAUGGUUGGAGUAACCUUUUAAGAUGUUAUCUUCAUGACAUACUCAAAUAGUAAUAUAAAGUGACAGAGCCACUUUAAUUAGAAUAUGUAAGUUAGCUGUAAAUGUUUUCUUAAUUCUUAAUGAAAAUACAUUUGAACAGAUGUAGGUAGUUAUUAAAACAAUUUUCAACUGACAGCCAUAAAGGAAUGUUUAGCUUAUGUGUCUCAUUUUUAACAUUUUGUAUUUCAAACUUGUAAAAAAUAUUUAUUUUACUGGUGAAACAAUUUUAACUUUUACACAUUUUCUUUUAGGAUGCGAAAUCAAAGCCAUGCGCAGGAUAAAGACGGGGUCUGUGCAAAAGUCUUUGUUUUGGUAUAACGUUUACCAGUAGCUUAGUGCUUUAUGGUGAAAGAGCUAUGCGGUUUUGCAUCGUGUGGGUCUUAGCCCUGCAUAUAUUAUUCCAGCCAGCACAGUUGGCAGAGCAUGAUGGAGUUGCAAAGCAUGCAAUAAAGCUGCAUCGGGGAAAGGGCGCCGGCGCCACAGCCAGCCAGCGAAAGGAAUGGCUUCUCAACAACUGCCGGAAAUUGUCUGGACUCCUUCACCAGAAGAAUGUAGUGCUGAACAAGCUAAAAAAUGCUAUCAAAGCUGUGGAAAAAGACCCAGGGCUUCUGCCCGAAGAGAAGUUAUUUCAAGUGCACACAUUUGAAAUUUUCCAGAAGGAAUUGAAUGAGAGUGAAAACUCUGUGUUUCAGGCUGUUCAUGGGCUGCGCAGAGCUUUGCAAGGUGAUUACAAAGAUGUGGUCAACAUGAAGGAAAGCAGUAGGCAGAGACUGGAAGCAUUAAGAGAAGCAGCCAUCAAGGUUGGUUGAAUUUACAUAUUAUUGGAUUGUAAAUGUUUUUUUGUUUGUGUAUAAAAGAAGAAGCUUCAGGGACAAGGAAUGUUUCCAUUCUUCUCAUAUUGGCAUUUGGGCAUAUUCAGUGAUAAAUAAUGUUGUCAGGAAACUGAAUGUGCAGUGUUGAAAUUCUGCAUAUACAGAGUUGAACCCUUCUUCUGCCAAAGUUGUAACUCCACCUCCGGUAGCAUCAUUGGGGCUUCAUUAGCCGGACAACAAGAGGUCUGGGCUGACUAAUUGAAUACUGUGCAGCCAGUGGCAGUGGGAGAUUUUACAUUUCUUAAGUGAUUUAUUUGUUUUCUUUCACUUUAUACACAAUCACUGAACAUGAAAUUUGCAUACACUACAGUUCCCAUUUUUUCGAGCUUUAUUACUCAGUUCAACAUAUAUUUUUUAACUAUAUGUUGCUCAUCUAAUCAUUCCCUGUAAUUUCACAAUCCAGUUUAGUCCAGGUACAGCCAGGACAUAAUUGCAAGCUAGGAGGAGAAUAGAAAAAAAAUAAUUUUUUUUCCCCUCUCUUUCACCAUCUAUGUUCAAUGUCCGAAAAGAGACGCAUUUACUGUAUAACUAUGAAUGACAGGGAGCCAAGAUGGAGGCGCCCAGUUCCAGUGUAGAAGUAAAUACAACAGUGUGAAUAACAUUUCAUUUUGUUUUGAAGACCUCACAAACAUAUGUGCUAAAUAUAGGGGAUAUAUAAUCAUAAUGUUACAAUUCCUGGCACGUGACAGUUUCCCUGUAAGUGGUAGAGAACCACUGGUUUGGAUGGGUGCAGCAUUUUAUUACACAAACUCUGAAGAAGUGCAUGACAAGAGAUCAUGACAAACUGGAAAUGGUGGUGAAUGGGCAUUUUGGGAACUCUGAUUUGUUGACAAAAUAUGUACCUUGGGUAGUAUAGAACGUUUUACAGACAAGAAGUAUUGUUUUAAAUUAAAUCACAAAAGAUGAACAAGAGCAGGAUACAAGUUGGCAUUCCGAAGAGCACGUUGGAUAAAUAAGGUUAGUUGGACAGGAUAAUUUGGUAUGAACUGCAAAGGGGAUAGACAUAUAGCAGAGAUCUGAGUCUUUGAUACCUAAGUUUGUAGCUAAAACUUGGUUCAGCUUGACUGGAGGAUAAACCAAUAUACCUCUGAAUUCAACUUCCCUGUUUUCCACACCGAGACAUCGAGAGUAGCUGUGGCAUGAAGCAGUAUGAAAUAUAACGGGAUAAUAUAAGUUUUAAAGAUUAGCUGAUUUAUGAUUAAAUCCUUUAUCUUUUCCAAAUGCCUAAUAUUCCAUAUGCUUUGCACAGGAAGAGAAGGAAUAUGUAGAACUUCUUGCAGCUGAGAAACAUCAAGUUGAAGCACUUAAGAAUAUGCAACAUCAGAACAAAAGCCUGUCCAUGAUUGAUGCCAUUCUUGAAGAAGUUAGGAAAGCAGCUGAUCGUCUGGAAGAGGAGAUUGAAGACCAUGCUUUUGAUGACAAUAAGUCUGUAAGAAUACUUGUGCUUUGGUUACUCAAAUCUCUGUUCUAAGUGUUGGAUUGCCUUUUACAAGUAAUAAUGUAAACAUGCAAAGAGCUUAGGCAAUAGACUGGUGUGACAGCCUCAGCCCUUCACUGCCUCAAUUGCUGCUUGGCUUAGCAAGGAAGGGUUAGGCUGAGCAGAAGCCGCAGGGAGAUCCUACUAGCAGCCAGGGGCCCUAGUUCACUGGUAAAGCUCAAAUAAACAGUUUAGCCAGGGCAAGGCGCUCCAAUCCGCAUAACUAUUUCAAAGAGUUGAGGUGGUUAUCAUACCCGGAGUGUUCCUUUAAUUAGGAUGCGUGGGAGGUAAGAAGGCAGGGGAGCGAUAGUGCCACGAUACAGCUUUGUAUUCAUUGCACUAUAGUAUUCCUUUAAGAACCAGCCACACAUGUGCACAUCUGUCCAAUCACAGACUUCUCACUGAGCUGUAUUGCAGCUCACUGACAAACAUGUGCAAAGCAAAUGUCGCCUCUUUUAAAUAUAGCGCCACAGAGCUAAACUAGAAGGUAGAAACCUCUACCGACUGUCAGAUAGCCACGGGGGUAUAAUGAUUCAUUUAGAAAAGUAAUAAUUUCUAUUGAAAACUGCAUUUAUAAAUUUCAUUAAAUUUUUUUAGUAAAAGAGCAUACACUCUUCACAUAUAAAGCACUUUAGCAAGCUGAAGUGCUUUAUGUGUUUGGAGUGUUUCUUUAACUGUGUACGUUUUCUCACAUCUUGACUCCAUCCAGAUACGAGGUGUGAAUGUGGAAGCAGUUCUAAGAGUGGAAGAAGAUGCGGUUAAAAGGAAUAACUCACAGCAACAUGUGGAGGAUGACUUGGGGCUGAGCAUGCUCAUUGACUCUCAGAAUAACCAGUAUAUACUGACAAAGCCCAGAGAUUCAACUAUACCCCGUGCUGACCACCACUUUAUAAAGGUAAUGCCUAUCAGGCUUGAUUUAUUUUCAGUAAGUCAGUCAUAUCCUGUUAUUGGUCAAAGAAUAAUAAUCUUUUUUUUUGUUUUAGGCUAUUUAAUAAAAGGGAUACUAUAAUCACAAGUACAACUACAGCUUAUUGUAUUUGUUCUGGUGAUUAUAAUCAUUUCCUUUAGACUUUUUUGCCGUAAACACAGUUUUUUCAGAGAAAAGGCAGUGUUUACAUUACAGCCUAGGGAUAAGAUGGCUAGUAGGGGCAGUGUAGCCCCUCAGAUGGCUUCAUAGGGUAGUGCAGCACAGUGAGCAGCACUGCCAUUCAGUGUCUCCGCCCUCUGCAUGGAGAUACUGAAGUUACCUCUUAGAGAUGCAUUGAUUUCAUGCAUCUCUAUGAGGAGAUGCUGAUUGGCCAGGGCUGUGUUUGGCUUGUGUUGGCUCUGCCACUGAUCUGCCUCUUUGGCAGUCUCAGCCAAUCCAAUGCUUUCCUAUGGGAAAGCACUUCUGAUGAUAUCAGCCAAGCAGGCAGAUCAAGGGCAGAACCUGGAAUAAAAGUAAGAUUUUACUAUAUUUAGGGGAGCAAGGGGGUGCCAAAUGCUGUUUUUAACACUAGAGGGUCAGGAAUACAUGUUUGUGUUCCUGACCCUAUUGUGUUACUUGAAAUUAUAUUAAAUUUCUUCCACUGCAUUUGUCAUUUUAUGUAUGAACAGGGUCGGAUUUACCCUCCUUGCUGCCUCUUGGUCAGUUUCCUCAAUAAGCCCCUUUAGUCCCUUCAUUUACACAUGUAUUUUAAUGCAUAUUUUAUAUUUUGCUUAUAAAAUAUAUAUAUAUAUAUAUAUAUAUAUAUAUAUAUAUAUAUAUAUAUAUAUAUAUAAUCAUAAAAUUUGAUAACACGUAUAUUAAUAUACUUUAAUGCCUACAUAUAUGCACAAUUUAAAGAUAUUGAUUUUUUUAAAUGAAAACUUUUGCCUUUGUGAAGACUCGUGCAUACUCAUGCACACAUGCACUGACCCAUGCCGACACGCACACACCAGUGUUAAUUUCAUUGACUAACAAUUUUCUUCAGAUUCAGUUGUCUAAAAUGUUGUUGAUUUAGUUGAGUAAAACUAGACUAAAAAUAAAACAAUUCAGAUGACUAAAAUAUGACUAAAACUAAAAUUGCUUUUUAGUCAAAAGACUAUGACUAAAACUUAAUUUGAAAUUUGGGAGAAUGAGACACAUGAGGAGGCUGGGAGAAUGACACCCAUGAGGGGUCCUAUGAGAAUGAGACACAUGAGGGGGCUGAGGGGGAGUGAGCACAUGGAGAGGUUUGGGGGGAAUGAGACACAUGGAGUGGCUGGGGGGGAAGGAAAUGAGACACGUGGAAGGGCUGGGAGGAUGAGAUAGGGGAGAUGAGAUGCAAUGAGGAGCUGGGGGGGAAGGAAAUGAGACACGUGGAAGGGCUGGGAGGAUGAGAUAGGGGAGAUGAGAUGCAAUGAGGAGCUGGGGGGAAAAGGGACAUAGAGGAGUUGGGGGGGGGGAAGAGACACACAAAUAGGGAUGUGACGAGAAAGAGACAUACGGAGAGGCUGGGGGGGCACAAUGAGCAACAGAGGGGCUGGGGAAGAGGCAAAACAGACAGACAGAGGCUUAGGGGGAGGAAACACCCAGAGGGGCUAGGGACACACAAAGAGACAUAGAGGUGCUGUAGAAGGAACAAAAGUGACACAGGCUAUAUUUAAACCUAUUUGAUUUUAGUUGUGCCGACUAAAACUAAAACCGUUCUGAUGACUAAAAUACAACUAAAACUAAAAUGGGUUUUUAGUCAAAAUGAACAGUGGCACAAAUGCACUGUCCCAUGCAGACACGCACGCACUAACCCAUGCAGGCGUGCACACACGCACGCACUGACCUAUGCAGGCACACACGCACUGCCCAUGCAGGCACAUGCACACACUGACCUUAGUGUGUACGGGUGGCUGGCCACUGGGCUUGGUAACACUGGCUGCUGCUGGCAUGGCAUAUCUCUUGCUGAGCAGACUGGUGGCUGGCACAAGCUACUAGUUGGAAUGGAGGCUGAGAAAUGCAAUGUAGCCUAAGGAAUAGGAGAGCAAUGCUCUUCUGUACAGGCUUUCCUUUUUUAGUACCCUCUGCCUCUCUUACUGCACUGAUUGGUGCAGUGACUCGGUAGCCCUCCAGGAAAGAGAAGAAGAAAAGUAUGCUGCUGCACACCCCAGCUCCCUUGGCAUCUUUGAUCUCCCCACCGACUGUGCUGCCCCUGUCAUGCCUGCCAUCCCGAGGCCUUGGUAGCCAUAUGGGAAAUCCAUCCUUGUGUAUGUACACAUACACUAUUUUCAAAGGUAAGGUUAAGUAUGAAAACUGUUGGAAUUCUAAAUAACACUUACCUGAGUGUUUCUGGUAAGUAGUGGUUGAGCUUCUAAGAUUUGCUUUGAAUUUGCGCUAUUACAACACCUAGUGUCUAGGCUUUCAAUUGAAGCAGUUUGUAAAAAUAUCUGCAGUUCUAAACCUGCCCCACCGAGUGUCAGAUUUCCUGAGAUAAUUCUUUACAGCUUGUGCAUGCUGGACUGUGCUUUCCGUCCUGUCAAAGAAAGAAACAGAUCGACCAAUCCUAUUCUGAUACAGCACAAAGAUCAAUUGACUAAAACAUGAACCAAGCUAAGUGUCAACUGAUCAUAGUCAUGAUAUUGCUACUACCAGUUUCUUCUGUGUGAUGAUUGGAACUACUUUUUGAAAAAAGCUUUUUUUUUUUUUUUUUUAUCCCAUAAAUCCUUGUUUUUUUACAAUGGUUAGCUGACAACAGAGGAAGUAUCCUAAAGAACUGAAAGGAAUAAUUAACCUAACUUAUGUGUACAAGUUAAUUUAACAACAUUAAUGUUGCUAUGCGUUUAGGUAAAAUGUAUUUAAAUAAAUAGUGCUAGACCUUAUUAACCCAGCAUUAUACAAUUUUCAUUUUGCUUUUUUGCCAUUUAAGAUUUUUCUCUUGUACAGAUGCAUUCCAUUUUUUUCCAACUGAGCCUUUGGUUUUAGGCAACCAUUUUAGUUCUUUCUCACUGCCUCUUCAAAUCCCAAAAAACUCAAGAUGACUUCUAAACCAAUACUUCUAGAACACAAAGCAAAAUUAGGUUUUAACUUUUGUGGAUUUUUGAAGUGAGUUGAGAAAAUGUUUAUUUUUUUAAAAUUGUUUUUUUUGCUUAGUUUUUUUUACAAAUGGUUCCAGUGAUAAAUGAUGUAGAUCUGGGAUACUCUAAAGCUAUUUAACUUGAUGUUGAAUUAACUCCUAUGAUGGAUAACCCAGGACAUUCUUGAAAACGAGGGAAAUCUUUUUAUUUUUCCUUCCGGGUAAAAUAUUUUAUAAAUAAAUAAAAAAAUUUUUAUCAGCCUCUAUAAUUGCAAAGCAUCAUGGAAGUUGUAGUUCUAAAACCUCUUUUGAUGUACCAAUUGAUUGAAACCCCUGAUGUAUAUUGAAGUGUUAUAAUACAAAUGUCUCAUCUUAACUUUACAAAAUGUUUUUUGUUUGUUUGUUUUUAGGAUAUUGUGACUAUUGUAAUGCUGUCCUUGCCCUGUGGAUGGGCAUGCACAAUGAUAGGAUUACCUACUAUGUUUGGAUAUAUCAUUUGUGGUGUUCUUCUGGGACCAUCUGGAUUAAACAGUAUCAAGGUAUGUUUCUAACAGUGCUGCUUCUAUUAGAGUUUGAUGCACUUAUUCACCGGGUCUGAUAGCAAACUGCAAAUAUCUUUAUCCUGUUUGCAAGAAUCUAACCUAUUGUCAAGCAAAGGAGCACUUCAGCCACCAACACACAUAUUUAGUGUAAUGUGUAGGUUAGGGUAUAUUGUAUUCUACGGAUGUCUUAGUUAAUCUUUUUUUUUUUUUUUAAAUAUUAAUGUUUGUAUGUUCAUUAAAAUGGUGGCUAUAAAAUGCUAGAAAAAAAAGUGUGUGUAUUCAUCUCUCUGCCUCCAUUAAGCAUAGUUUUGUUCUGAUUCCUCAUGUCUAACCUGUUGAUUUUUAUGUUGUUCUGUUUGUGCAUAUUUUUUUUCUACUAUGCAGUUCAUUAUUAUCCACUAGCUCAUUACAGGGCCUCCUGGGUGUAUUAAUAUUCUCAUGUUUAUAUUGCGAUCCAGCUGUUUGUCGGAGAUAUGUUUAAGCUUACCUAAAUAUAGCUGUGCUGGCACACUUAUCUGUUUAAAAUUUUAUUCAACAUCGUCUCUCUCCUUCACAGUAAGCGAAUUACUAAGUUCAUUUUUUUUAAAUUUUUUUUUAAUAAUUUGUCUUUUAUUUGUUUUUUUCAUAAAUGAAAGUGGGGUACAGAAGGAAGAAAGAGGGGACGAUGGGGUACACAUUAGAUGAAGGGAACAUUCUCAUAGUAUCACGUUACAAUAUUUUUCAGUGUGUUGCGGUGUUGCAACAGUUCAAAGAGGUUUCAUUAUGGUGAGCUAGACCUUCCUUUAGCUGGGUACAAUCUCAUACAAAUCAUGACAUAACCUACACAUGGUUGUUAAACGACAAGAUCGAGCUCGGGAAGUCGGUCAACUGGCCUAUUCAAUGUGUGUGUUUUGUUUUCGCUACCCAUUCUCUAUGGGCUUCUUGGAUGCCUGUGCGUGUUCCAAAUUGUUUUGUAGUCAUUAACUCGUAAGUCCAGUCUUGGUCUACCUGUUUAAUAAGGUCGUCCACUGACGGUGUGAGUUUUCUUCCAUAACCUGGAUAUUACUAAAUUGGACGAUAUUAAGGUGUGGUAGAGUAUGACCCUGAUGUGUUAAAGUAGGAAAAUAUGGCUCUAUGGGGGAGGCCAUACUGGGUUUGAAUGGUAGUGAAAGGUUUCAGUUGACCCCUAUCAAUGAUCUGGUAGUUGUAGUGCACUCCCCUCCCUGUCCAUGUCUCCCAGGGAAAGGUUGGGAUCAUCUGCCCUAUUCUUUGCAUUGGGGUGGCUAAAGGUAUUGUGGUUCCACCAGCAGCUUAUCCCUCAUUUUAUCCCACAUUCGUAGUAGAGUCUGGGUGGUGGGUCAUCGAGGAUGUGUCUGGGGCGGUUCAGCAUCCAUAGGAGUGAUCGGAGAUCCCUCCGGGGGAACCAAUGUGAUUCUAUUUCUACCCAUUGGGGGGUUGUGGUGGGUCGAUUAAUUUGGGCUAUGUUGUGCAGAAAGGCUGCUCUGUAGUAGGUCGUUAGGUUAGGUAAGCCCAAUCCCCCCUUACCCACUGCCUGGUGGAGAGUUCCCGUUGCCACCCUUACCUUUUUUCCCUCCCAUAUGAAGGACGUUAGGGCGUGUUGCAUGUUUUUUUUAGGUAUUGUUUCGGUAUGGAUAUUUGCAGUGUUCGGAAGAGAUACUGGAUUUUAGGUAUAAGCGACAUUUUCACUGCCGCUAUACGGCCCAGUCAGGAUAGGAAGCGUCCCUUCCACGACUGUAGAGUGUCUGUUAAUUUUUUGAGUAAACGUACAUAGUUGUCCCUGAAUAAGUGGGCCGGGUUUUUGGUGAGUUUAAGGCCCAGAAAGGUUAGGUGGUCGUGUCGCCAGUCCAGAGGGAAAGCUGCCCGCAGCCUGUUUAAGCCCUCAUCUAGAUGCAACCCCAGAGCCUGGGUUUUGGUGACAUUUAGAUUAUAAUAAGAGAUGGCUCCAUAUGUUUGGAUUUGUGCCAUCAGGUUCGGUAGGGACAGGAGGGGUUGUGUGAUUGUUACCAGUAUGUCAUUGUCACAUAUUCAUCUUCACCUUGUGAUAUCUGCAGUAGUAAUUGCCUUCCUGACAAUAAGUGCCGCUCAGCAGCCCUGCGCCAGUAUACCUGACUCCUGCUACAUUUUGGUGGACGCCGGCCUAUGCAGAUCCAUUUUAUAGCCCCAUGUCCGCCCACGGUAAUGUCUACGUCAACAUGCGUGUGACGUCACGCAAAGGACGCGCACGCACGUUCUGGGGUCAAAGGCCUGUAACGGCCAAUCGGAUCUGUAGGCUGGGGAGUGGUAGUGUAAUUCUCUAGGUUGUACAAGGCGUUAUAGUAAUCUGCAAAGACAUCGCUGAUAGGGGUCACCUUCUUUUCACCUGCUUGGUUCAGAAUGUACGUGAUCUUGGUGUUUGUACUCUUGUGCGAUAGUCUCCUGGUGAGUAAUUUCCUUGCCCUGUUCCCUUGGGUGUAAUGGGUUGCUCUAAGUUUCUGUAAGCUAAACUCCAUUUUGGUCAGAUUGUGUUCUUUGAUCUCGCCUAGCAGUUCCCUGAUUUGUGUUUUUAAGGAGGGGGUCAGGAAUAUUUGGUUUUGUUUAUUUAGGAGGUAUAAGUCUUUCAGCCAACCUUUCAUUUUGGCUUGGGAUUUUUGUUUCAUUGCACUGGCCUUCCCAAUGAAGAACCCUCUGAUUACUGGUUUAUGAGCCUGCCAAAGGGUUUCUGGUGUGACUUCUGGGGUCUGGUUGGUUGAGAUAUGUGCCCUGUAUGAAGAACCCGUCAAUAGGUGUUAUGUAUCUGGGAGAAGAAGGUGAAGUCCCUCUCUCCAGGGUGGAGAACUCUCCACGCAUUGUAUAAAUUGUGCUCACUUAGCAGGCAUGUUAGUGGUUUACACUCUCAUGUAAGGGUGGCAAAUCUGGGCAUGUUGGGGUGUACUGUGGAGUCCCAUUUUGGAUCUAAUAUAUGGUUGAGAUCCCCACAUAUGACCGUGAUGCCCCUUUGGACUGGCGAGAGUUGGGUUAUAAUUUUAUGUAGGAAGUUUCUCUGGUUAGCAUUUGGCGCAUAAAGAUUAACAAUAGUGUGUUCCAGAUGUUGAUGUUGAUCUCCCUUGUUUUUCUAUGGACUCAUAAAGUAACUUAAAGGAUACAUCCUUGCUACUCAGGAUGGAGACUCCUUUAGUUUUGCAGUGAGAAAUGCUGUGGUAUUGUACGGGGUAUUGUGUUUGAGCGAUUGUGGAAACCUUUUUGUGGUGUGUUAUUCUUGCAAACACACGACGUCCGGUUAGGUCUUGUGAAGGUCUCUAACUAGGCAGUAUCUUUUAACUGGAGUAUUCAACCCCUUAACAUUGUGGCUGUAUAUUUUCAUACUCUAUGGGGUUGUGUUAUGGUAUGCUGGCUUGUCUGUCUCAGUACUAGUGGCAUUGGCGUCGCUAACAGCCUCUGCAGGGCGACCCUCCCCCAUCCCACCUGCCACCUGACUGCGGGCAUAGGUGUGUCCUGCACAUCCCGGGCCCUGGGUAUCUGGUGAAACCCCGAGGGGGAUCCCAUGCUUUUUCGUAACUGUCCCGGGGUUUCCAUUGUCCCCUGUGUUAGAGAACUCUUAGGUGGUCUUUCCCUUCUUUUGGAGGGGGGUUGGAUGGUAGGAAAGGAAGACCGGGGGGUAGUAAAGCAAACGUUAUUCGUAACAGUCGAAUAUAUCAUCACAAUAUAUACAUAUUUAACAACAUGCAUGAAUAUUUCCCAUUGAAGGGCGAUGCACCAAGUAGUUGGUACAAGUUAGGAGCGUGGUUACUAUGUAUGGUUGCUAGAUACGGGAAUUGCAAGGUGAACACGCAUGGCCCGAUAGUGACGUUCACCAAGCUUAUGAGUGUAGUGCUAGUAACACUGUGUUUUCCGGCUAAGGCUGUGUACUAUUGAAUUAGAACUUUAGAAAACUAGAGAAUUAGGAACUUAGUAAAGCUGUAACCGUUAUUGACCCUAUUUCAGUAGGCCUCAUUCUGGGGUAGCAGUUAACUAGCAGGGCAUGCCGUUAAGCAGCGUUUAGCUACGUGAUAAGCGUUGGGGCCCUGCACCCUUUUAUCAUUUGUCCCCUCAGGAUCUGAACAGCUGUCAGUCCCUAAGACACCCGCCCUGUUGUGUUUUUUAUUUUAUUUAUUUUUUAAUUUAUUUUAUUUAUUUUCUGUAUGUUUUCCCCCCUCCUUCCUUGGUGUGUUAGGGGCCACUUGGACUCUGCCCUGUUUGUCGGCUUCCAGGUCCCGACAGAGUUUGCUAUCAUUGGGGGUCCUCUGCCUUACAUACCGUCAUAGGCGUGCGCAGCCUAUUGCAUUAGGGUGUGCACCCUAAAGCACAAGCACACGCCACAUAUAUAUAUAUAUAUAUAUAUAUAUAUAUAUAUAUAUAUAUAUAUAUAUAUAUAUAUACACACAUACACACACUGCUGUGUGUGUGAGGGUGCUGUUAGUGUGAUGUGUGUGUGACGGUGCUGGUAGUGUGCUAUGUGGGUGAGGGUGUUUGUGUGUGCGCGCUUGUGAGGGUGCUGUUAAUGUACUGUGUGUGAGGGUGCUGUUUGUAUGUGAGGGUACUGGUAGUGUGCUGUGUGUGUGUUUGUUAGGGUCCUGUUUGUGUUUGUGAGGGUACUGUUAAUGUGCUGUGUGUUUGUGAGGGUACUGUUAGUGUGCUGUGUGUGUGUGUGAGGGUGAUGUUUGUGUGUGUGUGUGUGAGGGUGCUGUGUGUGAGGGUGCUGUGUGUGUUUGUGUGGGUGCUGUAUGUGUGUGUGGGUGCUGUAUGUGUGUGUGGGUGCUGUAUGUGUGUGUGGGUGCUGUAUGUGUGUUGGUGCUGUGUAUGUCUGUGGGUGCUGUAUGUGUAUGUGUGUGGGUGCUGUGUAUGUCUGUGGGUGCUAUGUGUGUGGGUGCUGUGUAUGUGUGUGGGUGCUGUGUAUGUGUGUGGGUGCUGUGUAUGUGUGUGGGUGCUGUGUGUAUGUCUGUGGGUGCUGUGUGUAUGUCUGUGGGUGCUGUGUGUAUGUCUGUGGGUGCUGUGUGUAUGUCUGUGGGUGCUGUGUGUAUGUCUGUGGGUGCUGUAUGUGUGUGUACUGUGUGUGUGUGUGUGCUGUAUGUGGGUGGGUGAUGGGGGGGUGGAGGUGGGGGUACAUUAAUUGCUAUCCCCCCUCCCUUCUUACCUUUUGUAGGGAGGGGGGAUCGUGCUGCUGAUUCCAUCCCUGGUGGUCCAGUGGAGAGUGAACUCUAGCCCCUGUGGGGCUAGAGUUCACUCUCGCGAGAUUUGAGCGUUGCCGUGGCCGGUGGGGAGGGAGGCUGAGAGCAGAGUCGUCCUGAGAUCUCCCCUGCCGGUCUCAAUAUGCAUAGGCGUGCCGCAGGGAUUAGGGCACACCCCGUGCGCACGCCUAUGCAUACCGUAAUACAAUCACAUAAUACAUGUGCGUGUGGUGAGGGAGAUAGGGUGUAAUAACAAACACGGUGCAUUGUGUGCAAGUAUACUUGCUACUCGAGUUCCGCCUGACUGAAGAUGGAUCUGUGGUAGGGCUAGCAACACAGUCACCUAACCAGUUCAUUUUUUAGCUCGUUUCCAUUCCGAAGAUAGUCUGUUAAGCGUGGCUGGGUUCUCCUCGUGUGGCAUGAUGUUGCAGCUGCGCAGCAGUUUGCAGCCCUCCUCAGGGGAGUUCACCAUUGUCACUGUGCCAUUUCUCCUGAUCAAGACGCGGAUUGGAUACCCCCAUCUGUACUGGACAUUAUUGUGUGUUAGCGCUUCCAUGGUGUCCCUGAAUUCUUUGCGCUUUUGUAAAGUGGCGGCAGAGAGGUCGAUAAAUAUCUUGAUAGCUCUGGAUUUUUGCGGGCGGUCUCUACCCGUUCUUGUCGCCUGGAGUUUGACUUCGUAAUGCACGUGUGUGAGCACGUCCCUGGGGGUCUCCUGCGGUAAGAAGGCUUGUUUUUGCUCCCGGUCAUACCUAUCUAACAAAAGGACAUCUGCAGGUAAGUCUGGUACCAGCAUUUUGAAGUGUCCUGUCAGGAACUCGUGCAGGUACUGCUGCUUUUCCUCCUCCGGUAUUCCUCGGAUCCAGAGAUUUUGGCGCCUGGAGUGGUCUUCUAGGUCCAUGACCUUGCGCUGUGAGUUGUUGUAGGCUCUGCAUCUGGUCGGCCAUUUCAUUGUGAGCGGAGGUCUGAUACUCCAUGCGCUGCUCCAUACGAACUGUCCUUGUUGGAGCUCUCCAGGAGUUCGGCAGGAUUUUGUUGGACAUGUCCUCCAGGCAACUCUGCAGAAAGUCUUGGGUCACUGGCAGGUUUUGAGGCCCAGCGGAUGUCUGUAAUGGUAUUGUGUCAUUCCCACCGUCGCUAUGUUUGUCCUGGCCUAGUAGGCUAGAGGCCUUUGGGUUCGAUGCCCUGUUUGCGAAGAAGCCUGAGCAGUCAGAUUUUUCUGUCUGCUUCUUGUGUUUCUGGUUGGCCAUGUUGGGGGGUUCGAUGUGAGCUGAUAAGUAGCCGGAUUAAGCUUUAAAUAUGCUGUUUUGGGCCAGUGGCUUGCGGAGCUCAGGAAGUCCGUCCAUCUGCGGUGCUCACUAAGCCACACCUCUAAGUUCAUUUUGAUAUAGUCUUUGCCUCUGAGACCGAGCACUCGACAUUUUAUUUAUUUUUUAAAUUACAAAAUGAGAUGCUUUCUCAAGUUUAAAGGAUUACUAUCGUGUCAGGAAAACUAAGCAGUUUUCCUGACACUAUAGUGCCCUGAGGGUGCCCCCACCCUCAGGGUCCUCCUCCCGUGGCGCUGAAGGGGUUAAAACCCCUUCAGCCACUUACCUUAAUCCAGCGCCGGUGACCUCUCCUCCCCGUCUGACAUCACUGGAGCCGAAUGCGCAAGCACGGCAAGUGCCGCGCGCACAUUCAAAGUGUCCAUAGGAAAGCAUUUCUCAAUGCUUUCCUAUGGAUGUUCUAUGGAUGUUCUGCGCGAUGGAGGCAAAAUUUGCCUCCAGCGUCGCAGAUGCGCCUCUAGUGGCUGUCCGGAAGACAGCCACUAGAAACUUCUAUGUUUGCAUCUGAAGGGUUAAAACCUGGGGGACUUGGCACCCAGACCACUUAAUUGAGCUGAAGUGGUCUGGGUAGCUAUAAUGUCCCUUUAAUUUUCCUUGCAUAAUAUAUAUUAUGACAUGUACUGAUAUUUUAUGUCCAAUGUUAUGUGCUAACCUCUCAAUUAAAAAUAAAAAUAAAACAAUUCACAAACAAAAAUUGUGUACUAAUGCCAACCACUGGAUGAGUGUGAUUGGAGUUAUCUUUCACAUAAGCUAUUUACCUAGUUUUUGUCUCAUUAUCCUCUUAAUUCCGAAAUCUAUAUUUGAACUCCCACCACCCUAUAUCUCAAUGAGCAUUAUAGGUGUUGUGGUUCAAUAGGGGCAGGCAACUUCUCCAUUUAAUGAGCCAUAAAUUCCCAGCAAAGCUCACUUUCCAUCUUUCACCUAGGUAGGGCACAGGUCAAAAAUCCAGAAUCGAUAAAUUUUUAUCUGGAAGUAAGUUAAAUGAACACUAUAGUGUUGUAAAUACAAAACUGUAUUCCUUAUGUUAUCUUGUUAUCUCUAAUGCUGGAUUACUUUUAUACUGCCCCCAGUUUGCUGUAAAAAUGCUUAAUGGAUGUGUGCAAAUUCAAAUACUCCUAGUAGGAAAUAAUUGAUUUCAAUGCUUUCCUAUGACUGCUGAGGAACUGUCUCUAGUUAAUGUGUGGAAUACUACUAGAGGUUUGUAUAACCCUACAAUGUAAACAUUGCAGAUUAUACAAAACUGCAAUGUUUUAGAUUGCAGGUUUACAACUAAAGGGCCACUGCACCCAGACUACAUCAAUAAAGUGGUCUGAGUUACUUUAGUGGUCCUUUAAAUUGCCUGGGAGCUGGGCAGCAGGCAGUGACAAUGUGUGUGUUGGCAGAUGCAAAAACUGCACAUGAUAUUGCAAGCAAGGGAGAGAGUAUUCCAACUGGCUGAUUGACAGACCAGGGAGGUGGUCCUGCAUGCAUUUAAAACAAACAAACAAAAAAGUUGUGUGUGUGUGUAUGUAUGUGUGUGUGUGUGUGUGUAUGUAUAUAUAUAUAUAUAUAUAUAUAAUAUAAAAAAAAAGACCUGCACAGUUAAGAUUUUUGCACCAUUUUUUCUAUUCUUAUAUACUUUGUAGUACUAAUUAAUGUUGCUCCUUAAAAAGUAAUUCUGUUUAUGGUGCCAUGACUUUCUGUGAGUUGGAGUUCAGCUGUUAGUUUCCUGUACAAGAAAACUGACAAUUGAACUAUAAUUUCUAAAAAUACUUGAUGUUUCAAAAAGCCACUCCUUAUGGAAAAAUUUUAGCAGUGCUGAGGAAAGUUUAGUAAGGCUCAGUCACUUCUAGGUUUGGUGAGAGCAAACUGCAAUUUCUGCACUGACUGGGCAUUUUGUUGUAGUCAUCAGAAAUAUUGCUGAAUAUAUUUGUAUACUCCCCCCCCAUUUGUUUUCCCAAUCCAGUUUAAUUUAUGUCAGACAUGUAGUGUUAGUGAUAUUUUCUAUUGAUGUUUGUGAUAUUUAAAACUGGCAACCAUUAACCGUGUGUGUUUUAUGUUUUUUAUUGCAGUCUAUUGUCCAAGUGGAGACAUUGGGGGAAUUCGGCGUCUUUUUUACCCUCUUUCUUGUCGGUUUGGAGUUUUCUCCAGAAAAACUAAGAAAGGUAUGUCUUUCUAAAUAUUUAGUAACUCAUUGCUCUUUGUAAAGUUAAUCAAUUUAAGGCAGUUUGGCUUAGAGCAGGGACGAGGAACCUUUUGGCCCUCCAGAUGUUUUGGACUACAUCUCCCAUAAUGCUCUUACAGCCAUAAAGCUGGCAAAGUAUCAAGGAACAUGUAAUCUGGAGGGCCGAAGGUUCCCCACCCUUGGCUUAGAGGAACACUCCAGCCCAAUAACAAAAUCAUCUGAAUAACUGGACAUUAUCUUACCUAUCUUUUCUCUGAAACUGCUAGGUUUAUUUAAAAAAAAAAAAAAAAGGGUUAACCCUAGGUGGACAUGGCACUCAGACCAUUUCAUUAAGCUGAAGUGGUCUGGGUGCCUAUAGUGGUCCUUUAAUUAUUAUAAAACUGAUUGUAACAAUGCACAUUGGUGAGAUUCUAUAAAGGGACACUAUAGUCACCAGAAUAACUACAGUUUAUUGAAUUUAUUCUGGUGAGUAGAAUCAUUACCUUCAGGCCUUUUGCAGUAAACACGGUCUUUUCAGAGAAAAUGCAGUGUUUACAUUACAGCCUACUGAUAACUUCACAGGCCACUCCUUAGAUGGCUGUUAGAGAUCCUUCCUGGGUCAUGGCUGGCUAAAAUGCAUCCAAACAUUUAGUGUCUCCUACCUCUGCAUGCAGACACUGAACUUUCCUCAUAGAGAUUCAUUGAUUCAAUUCAUCUCUAUGAGGAGAUGCUGAUUGGCCAGGGCUGUGUUUGAAUCAUGCUGGCUGUGCCCUUUGAUCUGCCUCCUUGUCAGUCUCAGCCAAUCCUAUGGGGAAGCACUGUGAUUGGAUCUAAUAAUGUCAGCAGACUGCUUGUUUUUCUGAGUCUAACAGCAUUCAGAGUUACAACUUCAGGCUUGAAUACAGUAAGAUGUUGCUAGAUUUAUGGAGGCAUGAGGGGCCCGGGGGGGGGCUAGAUGGUGGUGUUAACACUAUAGGGUCAGAAAUACAUGUUUGUGUUCCUGACCCUAUAGUGAUCCUUUAAUAGGUAUUAUUUGACAUGAAUUGUACAUAUAAUGUAGUUGAAAUGUUAGCACUACAGGACUAUUAACAUUUGUUGGAAAAGCCACCAAUUAUUUUUCACGAGGAGGUCCUUUGGAAAGGAUGAACCACACUGGCACUCCUAUUUUUAUUUAUUUAUUUAUUUUAGCUAAUAAAAGAUCCCAUAUUUGCAGUAUGUACAGUAUGAAAGCUGAAUUGAUUGGCCUUCAGAAAAAUCUACUGCUGCUUUCCUCAUCUGAUUUUCCCUAUCCAAGUAGACUUUAUACCAGGUUACCAAAUGUAGAGAUAUGUUUAGAUAAUUUUUUUAAAUGUCCAUUAUGAGAGCUAACAGAAGAUAAUUUCCAACUCUCUAGGGGUGGUAAUGGGGAGUGGAGUUAUAAAUAGCUGUAGUGGUUAUAGUGCUUAGAGUGUUUACACAAAAGCUGUCUUUGGCUGUGUUCAGUGUUGUUCAUAAAACUACUUGUUUCUUACGUGUGUCCGAGAAAUGACUGAAGUAUAGUUGCAUGGUUGUCAUAUAUACAAAUGAUUCUACAGCAAAGUUCCUGAUCACUUGUAAAAAGCAACAUCUGGAGGCAUAUGGGUACUAAAGGAUUCACUACUGGAAGUGAAUGUGACCGUGUAUAAUUCUGCAUUUCGCAAACUUUUAUCACCCUAUUAAAUACAGUGCUUUACAGACAUAUUCAUAUUUUAAAAUUUAAAAUAAUAGUGUGUAGGCGCUUCAAAAUUGGAUAAAAGAUAUAGGUAUGUUAAAUAAAUAGGCAGUGUGACUGAUAUAACAAUGCUUCCCAAAAACACUUAAAAUGUUGAAAUACCAAAAAAUUAAAUUAUAUCUGUGUACACACAAAUCCCAGUGAGAAUAUAAAAUAUAAAUAAUACCACCAUGUAGCGAAGUAAAAAUGGAUGGUACCUAAAAUAUGAACAUAAAAUACAACAUAGUGUGAACUGUAUAGACAAAUAUAAUGUAAAUAGAUAUAGGACUACCACUCACAUGAUCCAGAGCCGUACCAGGCUCUAAAUAACUGUCUCAAGGGUUCCAAUUCAGGCUGAUGAAUUUACUUUCAGAAGUAAAAGAUUGGACUUCAAAUGUGAUACAAACAAAAUUUAUUGGGAAUAUAAUACAACAAACUCAAGGUACUAAAAAUAGAAUGGGAGUGAAACUGGGUUUGAAAGUCCAGUUUGGAAAACAAAUAAAAGGUUCCACUCACCACCAAUGCAGUAAGCAAGAUGUGAGAAAGUGAAGGCAGAUAGGCCUAUAGCAUUUAACCCCAGGGGGAGUAUGUGUAGUAUGUGUUGUAGGCAACACAAACCACGGUUUAGUUAUGGGCCCCUUGGAGAGCAGGGUGGGCCAAUGCUCCAUUCCUCAGUUUAUACACAACUGGGAGAAAUCAGGUCCAGGCCAGAGUUUUUUGGAGCUGUCUCCAACCCACUGCUCAGCUGCAGAUAAUCAGCUGUAGCAGUGGGAAUAAACCCCUCCCUGCUAUGCAGGUAAAGGGGGGCUUGCUGGCUUCCUCCCUGGAAGCAGGUUGGAGAGAGGCUGUUCUCUCCAGUGAGAGAAUCAAGGAGACUGAGCACUGGGAGUGCAGAAGUAAAGCAGUUAAGGCUGGCUUGGAGCACUGGGAGUGCAAAAGGAAAGCAGUCAAGGCUGGCUUUGAGCACUGGGAGUGCAAAAGGAAAGCAGUCAAGGCUGGCUUGGAGCACUGGGAGUGCGGAAAAGAGAGAGAAAUGUGUUUAUUUCUAGAAGGAAUGGAAGCCACAUGCUAACAGAGUGUGGAGUGCAGAGAUCUGACAAAGGCAAUAGGUUGGUGAACCCAAAUAUUAUUUUGUUCUAGUUUAAACCCUGAGAGAGAGGGAAUCUGAUGUAUGUUAGUACUCAGACGAGCUAGGCUUUUGUUUACAGGAAUUUGUGUUAUUGUUGUUUUUUUAUUUGCUGCUGUAGCUGUGGUGGAGUUUAACAAUAAAACUGCCUGGAUUAUAUGCAAACCAAAGGACUGUGCCUGUUGUUUACCCUAGAGGACCGUGCUACCUGCAGACAAGAACAACAAAGAGUACAGUAAAACCAUAUAAAAAAUAUGUGUAUGCAGCAGGCGCGUUUCGGCUGGGUAAGCCUCCUUCCAGGGCUGAUAAUUAGGUCCUCUUUUAUAGGUCCCAUCUUCCUUGAUCACCUGUGUAAGAUUCUGUAUUCGCGGGACGUCAUUUCUGGUGUAUCCGUAUGAUGUCACUUCCUCUUCCGGCUAGGUGUAACGCACAUGUGGAAUGCAACGUUCGUUUGAAUGUUGUGUCGGCCGGCAGCAAUGUUUGAUAAGUCCAGAUGUUGAGAGUGAAAUCAUAAAUGACUGCAUCUUUAAAGCUUUAAGGCAGUCCAUAUGUACUCAUUUAAUGGAUAAGAAUAAAUACAGAAUUAGUGCAUGUCGUUAUUAAAAUAUUUCUAAAUAAAGCAGGCUUAUAUUAAGAUGAAUAUAUAACAAUAAAUAAAUAAACAUGGCUAUAAAUGCAUAAAAAACAUGUAAAAUAUAUACCUAAUAAAGAGUGUAAAAAUUGGAGUUGAAAAAAGUCGGUAUGAGAGGGAGAGAGAGGUAUCUAAAUAAAUAUAGGCUCUGAAAAUGGUUAUUUAAAAUGAUUUGUUUUACAGAUAAAUUUAUAUAUAAGGUAAAAUGUGUACAAAUAUUUAUAAAAAAUUAACAAAUUCAAAGUCUAGAUUCAAGCCAUUAGGGGACAAGGUAUUCAUAUCGAAGAUCCAUUUACUCUCCAUCUUUGCCAACUCUGUUACAUUAUUUUCUUCUCUCCAAUUUUUAUAUCUCUUAAAAAUAACCAUAUAAGAUAAAAAGGAUUGGUUGCCCCUGUGUUUUUCCAAAAAGUUAGUUGAAACACGUUUCAUAUACCCCUCUGGAUAUUUCCAAUGUGUUCUGCUAUUCUGGUUUUGAAUGCCCUAGUGGUCAUUCCAAUAUGUUGAAGACCACACGGGCACCAGAGGAGGUAUAUGACAUUAGUGGAUAGGCACGUGAUUACUUAGUGUAAUUUAAAAGUCUGAUUGGUAGAAUGUGAAGUAAAAGCUGUACAUUUCUGUUUAUUAAAAGAGUCUUUUUACACGCUAAACAUGAUUUACAGGCAUAAUAGCCAUUUUCCAAACCGAAAAAGUCUUUCUCUGGUUUCUUGUCUCUAAUAAAACUAGUAGUUAAGCGUUGCUUAAGAUUUCUUGCUCCUCUGUAGAUUAUGCUAUAUAUAUAUAUUACUAAAAUAUGAUCUAUUUUAUUUUUGAUAUUCAUAUUUUAGAGUUGUUCAUAUUUGAAUGUAUUAGAGCCCACAAUUUAAAUUUUUUUUCUUCUCACAAAAUCUGUAAUUGCCGCUGAAAAAGUAUACUAUAAUUAAACUAUAUCCACCCAUGCAGUUAAAGAGUGGAAGGGAAAAAUGUGAAGGUAAGAGAGUGGACAGAAAAUUAAUUCAGUAUUUUUAUCGCCAUACGAUACAUAUAUUGAGAUGGCACUGUAAAAUUACUGAUAAGUUGUCCUUCAUAGAACAGGCACUUGUCAACCAUUAAGAUAUUGAUUUUUCCUGUCCGUAGAUGACCAGAGCCAUAGAGUAACGAUUACCUACUGGACCAUGCUAUGCUUUAAAAUCAAUAUUUGGCAUUUACACUCAGUGGAUUGAUUCCCUUAUGACUUUUUCCUAACUUGUCUUUCUUUCCAAACCAUUGUUUAUAAAUUCUCUUUCACUUAAAUGUGUAAUUAUUGACAUUUAUUCUGUGUUGGCCCUCUCCAACCCCUUUUUAUUUUUUUUGCUUUAAAGGUGAACUUUAAUCAAAAUAUUCAUUAAAGUUCAGUGUAGUGUAUAUAUCACCUAUAGUUCUGGACGGCACCACUUUCAUAAAGUGUGAUGUAUACUUCCAAUUUGAUAACACUUAAUGAGAGCUCUUGCACCCAUCCCAGUGGUCUCAGUCACAGCCACCAAGGUUGGACAAAGUUUUUUAAGUUGAUAACGCUGAUGUAAGUUCCAAUGCACCCGCGAAACGGGUAUUCUCCAUGACCCUUGGAUAUGUCUUGUUUUUGUCGAAUUACUUCAAAUUAUAGAUCUCAGGCUUUAGUGUCUUCGUUUGCGAUUGAAGAAAUAUUAAGAUUUUCUCAUUUCAUACUAAUUUAUACUAAGGUCUGCUUUUGUCUUCCUUUACUCUUGUAAAGUGGGCCAUCUCCCUGUUUGAUAUCAGGUUUUUUGUUGUUGUAAGGGGUGUUGCCAUUUUUGUCCCACUGAAAAGCCUUCAGUGCCUCUCCCUUUUUAUGCCUGGAAGGUACAUCUGAGAUGUUAGAACAUGUUUUUGUUGCUCUGACAUUGGCCCAUCAGGUCCUUAUUUCUUCUCAAUCUCGACAUUAAUAUUCACAGAUUUUUUUUUUUCAGUAGUAAGUGUUUGAGGAUGGGCAGUGCUGGCUCACUCUGGUUCUAGUCUGCUUCCUCUUGGUUUAUUUUAGGCAAAUUCUGCUUCAAAAUAAAUUUUGUUGCUGAGAAGUGUUUUUUUUUUUUUGCCUGGGGGGCAAAUCAAGUCAAGUGGCCCAUUGCACCAAGAGGAGAGUAAAAACACCUUUCCUAUGUGAUUGAAAGAUGGGGCAGUCACCUAAACAGACACACUCACUGACAGGCGCACACACACUAACAAACACACAGACACUGACAAACACACACUGUUACAGGUAUACUGACAAACAAAAAGACACACACACACACACACACACACCACACACAAACUGGCAUACUUACAGAGACAUACUAGCACACACAGACACACACAGACAUACUCAUACACACACAAGCACACACACUCUACACUUUUAAAGCCAGUAGACAGGGGUUGAGUAAGGGGACAGGGCUGUAAUUGGGGGUUAGGAAAUGUAGUGGGGGGACAGGGGCUGGAGUAGGUUAAUGGCUACAAUUUGGGAAAGGGCUGUGGUGUGGGUGAUAUGGGUUGCAAUUGGGGUCGAGGAGCUCUAGUGGAGAUGUUAUAGGGCUGUUGGGACAGGGCAGGGGCUGAGGAGGGAGAUAAAUAAAAACAAGUGUAUUUCUUCCCCCCCUCCCCCCCUCCUGGAGUCUUACCUUAGGUCUGGGAGGGGUGGGCAGGAGCCAGGGGCAGAAGACAGCAGCCAGUGAAGUUGGCAUUUCCGGGUGAUGUCAGGAGGAGGGGGCAUGACUUCCAAAAAGGUAUUUAUUAUUGGGCAUUGCCACCAUAUAUUUGCUGGAUUGCCAUCAGGUUGAUUACAAUUCCAGCAUAAGUUUAUGAAGUUGUGCAAUAGUUUCUGAAGUGGGAAUAUAAUGCUAUCUAACUAUUGUUUUGUAAUUACUACUCUCUAAGUUGUAGGACCUGUGGAUGAACAUAAAGAUCUUUUUCCAGUUCUCCUGGGUAAGGGUGAUUUUGUAGUUCACGCUCCCAACUAGAUGUGCAAUUUGGGAGAUUUCCUUGUUGUAUAAUCUGUAGGAGAGUAUACAUAGUAUAUGUUUUUUCUUUAGUGAACAUGAGGAACAGAGGUUUUCCAAGUUAGAGAGUGUACAGUGCCCUAUUUGGGUAAAGCGUCCAUUGUUGAGGAAGUGAGUAACCUGGUUGUAAUGGAAUUGUUGGAGCUCUGAAUGUGUUGUAUUUUCUUUCUUUUUUUUGUACGUAGAGGUUUUGGAGCUGCAGUUUCUGCUUUAAUUAACCAUCACAGUGCUUUGCAGAGCUAAUCAAUUUUUUCAAAUGCUUUUUUAUUAUAACUUUUGUAAUUUUCCCAAACUACAUGGAAAACAGAAAAAGUAUAUAUUCUACAAUUAAAAUAGUAUAAUACAAUAUACAUGGAAACCAAAUUACGAAAGGACAAGUAAAAAGAAUGGAAAUGGAGUAAGGGAAAAAGGGGUAGGAUAGAAAAAUAGCAGUAACUAUAUUCAGAAAGUGCUCAUCAUUCUAAUGUUGGAAGGCAUGAAAGCGCACUACACCAGAUUGUUCUCUUCUUGGACAACUGGAGUUCCAGAAUUCUCCUGGUCAUUCUUUUGGGAAACUUAUGGAUAGUUCUUUCACCUUUCUCUUGCACUAUCGUCUAUUGGCCGUGUAUUUUUAAUACUGUUUUUAUAUGGUGGAAUUGUGACCAUUCAGUAGAAACGUUGAGAAAAAUUUACUAUUGGACAUAGUGCUUUAAUAAACAAAGUCCGUUCCUGUAGCUUGAAAUGUCAGUUUAUUUCCUUUCCUCUCCAAUUCUGUAAACUAUUAAAGGGAAUAUGAUUAGGAAUAUUUUUUUGGCGGGGGAGAGGGGAGUUUGUGAUGCUGUGCUGAAUUUAAAUCAAUUGUUUUAUUCUGUGGCAGUUUGCUUUUGACAAUUUUUUAUUUUAUUUAUUUUGGUUUUUCAGGUAUGGAAAAUUGCAGUUCAAGGACCAUGUUUUAUGACUGUUUUUAUGAUUGCGUUUGGCUUACUAUGGGGUCACUUCCUGCAGAUAAGACCAACACAAAGUGUUUUUAUAUCAACUUGCUUGUCAUUAUCAAGUACACCUUUGGUAUCCAGAUUUCUUGCAGGAGGGUCUCGGGGCGAUAAAGAUGGUAAGUAUGCUCUACCGACAGUGAUUAAUCUAUGUAUUUUAACUUCUUAAGAAACUUAGUAUUUUGUACCUUCAGAGUUAAUUUUCAUCUUUGGAAGAUCUGUUAUUUUUAAACUAGCUGUCUCUUUCUAGAUGUGAAUAAAUAAGUUAUUGUUGUAGUUUGGGUUUUCUGUUUAGAUGUUCUACAAAUUACUGCCUUUUUUCAAAGCUCAACAUGAGUCAAAUACAAAGAGCAUUACAUUUCAGCAACCAGAACAAGAAUACAUUUUCAUGUUCAAACAAUAUAUUAUGUGCAUGAAAAUUAGACAGUAUCCAGAAUUUGUAGAUUAGUAAACUUUCUUAUUUUUAAAUUUUUUUUAAAUGGUAUAUUACAUUAGACUGUGUUUGUUCUAGCUACAUUCUUAAUACAUUGCAGCACAAAUUGCAAUGACAGGUAAGCAUUUUAUUGCCAUAAAUGAGGGGUAAAAAGGGUAAUUUUUAAUAUUAACUGUAAAAUUUUAGUAUUACAGCAUUUAAAUUUUUGUUCUAUUUUUUCCCUUAUAAAAUGUUGUUUUAUUUCCCAUGCAAUAUUAAGGCCUUGUGGACCAUUUGUGAAUGAAUGCAUUGAAAAGUACCCAGAGAGGAAACGGGUAGAGCGUAGAUUCACAGUACAGGAUUCACAAAACUGGAAAAUGAAAUUUGACAACAGAAUAGCUGAUUAUUAAAUAUCUGAUUUAAUUAUUAUAAUUUUUUAUUUAUUUUUUAAGUAAUGGACAAUUCUUUCAUUAGUGAAUAAACAACUUCCUUCUGUUAAGCUACUGUACGAGCCACAGCAAUACCAUGUAAAUGUAAACAUGUUGUUUCAACUCUGUAAAAAAAAAUAUGCAAUUUUCCGCUUCUUUCUAUCUAAACAUAUUCUUUUUGCAGGUGAUAUUGAUUAUAGCAGUGUUCUCCUUGGCAUGCUUGUAAUGCAGGAUGUGCAGCUAAGUUUAUUUAUUGCGGCUAUGCCAACCCUGAUUCAAGCAGGUGGAAACACUUAUUCCAGGUAAUGCUCCAUUGGUCUAAUUUUAUUUACAUUUUCCAUAAUUGGGUAGUUUUGUGUCCUCUUGCAUAACAUGACAUUUUAUUUAGUCAGUGAGAUAUACCUACAGGGUUCUGCAUAUCCUACUUUAUUAACAAGCAAAACUUUUUAUACGGCAAUAUCUUAAAGCUAUUUCAAUGGUUCCAAUCAAUGUUUGCAUCUUGUGACAAUUGAAUAUAAUGCAAUAGUACCAAUCACCGGUAAAUACUGGACUCCUCUCACAUAAAGCACUUGACACCCAUUUGGCGUAAGAUAUUCAGUGGUCUACAUGGCAUCCAUACUACAAUCUGUAUAACAUCUAUAGAUGGUAUGGCACCCAUAUAAGAUGCAGCACCCAUCUAUCACAUUGACAUGACACAUUUAGAACCCACGCGCACUGUAGUUCAUGCCAAUACUGGGUCUGGAGACUUCAUAGAACAUUCAGCUUUUAUAUCUCCAGAAUCUUUAAUAGUAUUAUGGAUCAUUAAUAUGUGGUUCACAGUUAUAUAUUUUGUGAACUACAUACUACUGACCCAUAAUGCUACAGGCAUUUUAGUGUCAUUGGCUUUGUGAACUCAUAUUACCAAAACUCAUAUCUUGCUGUAUACUUUGAUAACUCUUGAAUGCUCUUUAAUCAAAUAUCCUCAUAUUCAUUAUCCCCCAACUAGUGCAAAUUACUUUCAUCCAUCUUCCACAUACAUACAUUGACUAAUUUCAAUAUGUAGUCCGUUCUUCUCAGCUCAAAUAUCACAAGGUAGCCAAAAAUAAUGGAUUUGGAGAAAUUUUUCCAACUUGGCUAUAGUCGCAACUUUUUUAAAGUUUAAUUCCUGAGAAGCAGAGUUUAGUGUUUAAAACUGAUAUCCUUCAGCAUUCUUUUGGAUCCAAAGUAAAACUGGUUCAAAAUUUUUACUUUCUUUACUUUACAACCUAUUCUGUUUGUAUCCCAGUGCUAAUAACCUUCACCUGUCCUCUUUUGGCACCCCACCUCUAAUCCUGCAUACUGAAUUGACAAAUGACGCUUUGAUUCUGCCUAGACCGCUAUAACACCACACUAUCAUACCUUCCUUUAGUUUUUCAGACUUUAAAAUAAAAAAAAAUCUCUAUUUCUGGAGGCAAGAUUGUCUACUAGCUGAUUAUCUAUUUUCUUGACAGUCUACCUUGUCUAACCUCAAAUAAUUUGUAUCCCCAAGGUCUGCUCUAAACGUGACAGAUCUUUUAAUUCUGCAUUGCCUAACUAUAUAUACCACUUUGCACUGUCCGAGCCUUUAGAUUCUGUAUACCUACAUUUCUUUUUCAUCACUUAUUUUCAGCAAUAUUAGUUGUGUGCAGCUCUAUGGAAUAGGCUUGCACUUUAUAUUUAAAAAAAAAAAAAAAAAAGAGUAUAUACAUAAAAUAUGUAUAAUUUGUUUUAUGUGUGUUUUUCUACAGCGUUCUGCUGGAAGUAUUCCGAAUAGUGGCACUUAUUGGACAAAUUCUAUUUUCUUUGGUUGGUGCUUUUCUGAUUUGCAUCAUUAUGAAGACAUAUCUCAUUGGCCCAUACUGCCGCAAGCUGCAUACUGAAAGCAAGGGGAAGAAAGAAAUUCUUGUUAUGGGGAUAUCUGCAUUUGUCUUUCUUAUGCUAACGGUAUCUAUAGCAUUAUUCUUUAUUUAUAUUGCCUUCUAGUAAUUGUGACCAAAUAAACUGCACCAAAUGUUAAAAUAUCCUGAUUUUCUUUUUUUUCAAAAUCGUAUCAUUUAAAUUAGGAUGGCCAGGAGGUAGUUCUUUAACGUUUGAAAUAUCACAAAUCCCUUUAUGCUUUGUCAACCUACAACACCUUGGCCACCCUCGAUUUUUAGAUGUAAAAUUGCUUUUUUUUUUAGGCAGUACUAAUUAAAAUGUGAUGACUGGCAGUUUAAUAUCUCUGCAAGAAAAAUAUAGUAUACAUAAGGAAUCUGUAAUUGAAUCCUUGCUAUUAUGUAUUCAUAGUACACACACUGUAUGGUUGAAAGAAAUAUAUGUUAACAUCUAAAGCCUGCAAAGCCUCUGUGGUUACAUUUAUAUAUGUUUUUACUGGAAAUCUUGUUAAAAAUAUUCUACACAUGGCGGUCCAUAAACAUAUCUGGGAAAAGGGAUGGAGACACAUUGACAUUUAUAAUUUGUUUGGAUCAUAUUACCAUAAAAAAUAGUGUCACACAUAUACACACAUUUACAUUUUAUACAUUACUUGUCUAUGUAAAUUGAAGAUUUGAUGUUGGAUUUUGUUUUCAUACUAGUAGUGGAAUAUAUACGCUGCAAUUCAUUGGCUUUGUUUUUUUGUUUUUUUUUGCCAGCUGCAGGCACAGUUUAGGAUAUAUUUGCAGGGUAUUGCAAUGCUUGCUUAAUGUUUAAGUGACCUUUUAUUCCAAGGAUAAGUAAACUUUUUGCAGCACUGUGCCAAAACGAGUAUUAAAUCCUUGCUGACACCAGGAAUCCCAUGUAUUAAAUAUUAAUCGAGAUACCUGGAGCUCUGCUCUUUCAUCUGGGGGCAUUUUUAGUGGCCCUGAUUGAUGAGCUGCAAUUCGCACAGGAAGUCAGCACUGCAAGCAGUUUUUCAAAUAGGUAUUUAAAUACCUAGAAAGAGAUUGCAGUAUGAGCAAGGUUAAAUGGAUAUCUGGGGCUCCCAAUAUCAGCUGGUGCCAUUUUUAGUAUCCCCAGACUGACCAAUGAUCUCUAUGCGGCACUGGAAGUCAGUGCUGCAUAUCGCCACUAUCUGCUGUUUUAAUUAGGAAACCUGUCUUCUGAUAUCAGAAUUGAUAUUACGGUUAGUGAUGAGGUUGGGGUUAGGUUAGCUUAGAUUUAAGUGUUAGAGUAAGCAUUGGGUAGAUCCUAGACAUACUAGGCAUUUAAGAAACAGGACUAAUAUAUGAGUCUUUGUUUAGUUAUUUUUAUUUAAUUGCACUGGAUGUGCAAAUACGUGAAAAACAUAUAUUUUUAACAUUUUAUCCACACAUAAGGUUGCGUUAAGUGUACAUAUAGGAUAUUAAAUAAAAGCCUUUUCUUUCCUUCUUUGGAGUUUAAAGGACCACUAUAGUGCCAGGAAAACAUACUUGUUUUCCUAUGGACGCAGGCGUCUUCCCACUGUGAAAAUCACAGUGAGAAGCGCGCAAGCGCCUCUAGCGGCUGUCAAUGAGACAGCCACUAGAGGCUGGAUUAACCCAUAGGUAAACAUAGCAGUUUCUCUGAAACUGCUAUGUUUACAGCAGAAAGGGUUAAUCCUAGAUGGACCUGGCACCCAGACCACUUCAUUAAGCUGAAGUGGCCUGGGUGCCUAUAGUGGUCCUUUAACCCCUUAAGGACACAUGACAUGUGUGACAUGUCACAAUUCCCUUUUAUUCCAGAAGUUUGGUCCUUAAGGGGUUAACCCCCUAAAUUACAGUGCAACAAACACAUAGCACAAGUUCUAUGUUUUGGUUUGGUUCAGAACUUGGACAAAUACCUCCGCCCUUGGCACAGAGUUAUAUAUUCAGUACAUUCAAUCCAUUUAAAUACAUGAACAACAUGUGACUCCACAACGUACAGCACACAAUGAUACACUACAAUCUACUUGCACUCCUGCAUGAAUAUGAACCCCAAUGCACAGAUCAUGAAGCAACAAUUAGAGGCCAAUAACCUUAAAUCCUGUGCUGUUAAAACUCCUCUUGAUCCACCAAGUCAGAAUUACCUUGCAUAAGAUUAACCCCUUAAGGACACAUGACAUGUGUGACAUGUCAUGAUUCCCUUUUAUUCCAGAAGUUUGAUCCUUAAGGGGUUAAAGGACCCCUAUAGGCACCCAGACCACUUCAGCUCAAUGAAGUGGUCUGGGUGCCAGGUCCAUCUAGGUUUAACCCUGCCUGCUGUAAACAUAGCAGUUUCAGAGAAAUUGCUAUGUUUACAUAUGGGUUAAUCCAGCCUCUAUUGGUUGUCUCAUUGACAUCCGCUAGAGGCGCUUCCACGCUUCUCACUGUGAUUUUCACAGUGAGAAGACGCCAGUGUCCAUAGGAAAGCAUUGAGAAUGGCUCUUGCCGUGCAUGUGCAUUCUGGGGAGGAGAGUCCCCAGCGCUGGAAAAAAGUAAGCCGUUAACCCCUUCCUCCCCAUAGAGCCCGGCGGGAGGGGGGCCAUGAGGGUGGGGGUACCUAUUAACACUAUAGUGCUAGGAAAACAAGUUAGUUUUCCUGGCACUAUAGUGGUCCUUUAACAUUCUCAGUUUUACUUGCACAAUAUUGACUGCAUGUAUACAACUUUAGAAAUACCUGGGUUUUCUUUAAAUAACUACCAGUAAUAAUAAAAUUGUACAAUUACAUGUUCUUGCAAAAAAAUUAUCCUGCGCUCUGGGUCCUACAUACAGGCUGCCCUGUGGCUGACAAGCUAUCUGCUUUUAUAUGCUAUACAUUUGAAAUGUACUAAAAAAAUGUGAAUUCAGGUGAAAGCUAUGAUGCCUUGUUGACAUAAGCUGUGUGAAUUACACAUCACUUGUUCCAAUACUUUGCAAUCAAAUAUUUUGUACAAGAUAAUGACAACAUACCGGUAAUCCGGUAAUCUAAAUGGUGAAAAGGUAUGGAAGUUAUGUUAAACCUGUUUACAUACAUGUUGCUUCUGUAACAAUUAUAAUAAUAUUUUCCAGUUAUCAGCAAUGUUCCUUCACAAUUUGAUUAUUCAUGAUUACAUUAUGAAAUAUUCACAAAUCUCUUUAAGAAAUUCGAGGUCCGUCUUAUUUUUUGCUAAUUGAAAAGAGUACAUUGUUGGAUAACCUAUGCAGGGUACUUACAAUGCAUGUCUUGUUGUGUUUCCUGGCAGCUAACAGAACUUUUGGAUGUUUCAAUGGAACUAGGCUGUUUCCUGGCUGGAGCCCUCAUGUCUUCUCAAGGGCAUAUGGUGACAGAAGAAAUUAUGUCAUGCAUUGAGCCAAUACGAGAUUUUCUAGCUAUUAUUUUCUUUGCAUCUAUAGGUAAUUAUUUUUACAUAUAGAAACUAAGUAAGUACUGUUUUUUGUAAAAAAAUAAAUAAAAUAAAAAAUUGGAAUUAAUGAAGCAGAUUCUGGUUCUGUCACGCUACAAAAUUCUGAGAAUGGGGAACUGAAAUUUCAUCCUUUUUACUUUGUUUUUCUAAACCACAGUAUACAUAACUGGAGACUUGUCAAGUUUCACCCAGAUCCUCUGGAUCAGAAAACUGAGCUCCAUAGAAACAACAACGCUCUGAGUGGGGAUUUCUAUGCCUAUUUUCCCUCCAAAAUCCUCACUUAUUUAAGACCGAGCACAAACACUUUUAUGCCUGUUUCAACUCCCUUUCUGUUUAUUUAUAGCCACUUUCUAUAUGGAAGAAUUGAAAAGUUAUUAGAUAUAAUUUUGUAUAUUACCUUGGUUCAUACUUCUGAUAAUAUAUAGGUAAUUGAACUGAAGGGAACUAACAGAGCUGGAUAAAAUGUUCCAUUAAUGAAGAAGCUUUUUGUCCGUUUCUACUCUGCUGAUCCAAGUCUGUCACAUAAAAACAGAAUGGGUCUUGAAAUAACAGAAGUUUCCAUAAAAUGCAUAAACAUUACUUUGAUGCUUGCUUCUUAAAAUAAGCUUCCAAUCACCAAUUCUGUUCACCAAUUCUGUUGGGGCAUAGUGAAUCUGUCUGUUAUAAGAAUGCAUGAUAAAAAUAAAGAAUAAAAAAAAAAAAAAAAAAAGCUUUCAAUUCCCAUAGAAAGGGUCUGUGAGGUGAAUAGUGUUCAGUUAUCUAAAUCUGGCUAUUAGAUAUGUGAAACACGUUUUGCUAUUUACCAAAGGCUAACACGUCCAUUUUGUUGUUAUUUGGUUUGUUGUUAAAAUCAGUAGACUCUUAAAGCUUUUAUUUAUAUAUUGAAUUUUUUUUUUUUUUGGUCAAUCUUUAUUUUUGUAGUGCAUAGAUUAACAGUUAUGCAGAAAAUAACAUGUCAAGAUUACAGAAAAUAAAAGGAGUUGCCAAUACAAUAUAUGACAUGAGAGGAAUGAACACUUUUUUUUUUUUUUUUGGUAAUACACAAAUAUUUAGAUGUAGGUCAUAAAGAUGUUUGAUUAACAAGAAUAUUGGUUGACCACGCUGCUAAGAGCACAUGAGUUGAUGCCCAUCAUGUUACAGUGACUUAAGAAAUAGUAUCAGAAGCUUCAACUGGUAAGACUUAGAAAUUAAAAAUGCAUCACAUGUAAGGAGAAAAGAAACAAAAAACAAAGGGCCAUCAAGGUGUGUGUAUUCUGGGCUCUCGAAGCACACCUAGACAGAUAUAUCUAGGGAGGGAGCGCAAGAUAGGCACUCCUUGGGAGAGUUGCAACAAUGGGUAAAAGAAGGAGCUGCCUGCAUCUGUUCUCAGAUCCAGUGACCCCUGGAGUGUAGCCCCUUCAACCUAUGCCUGUGUCAAUCAGGCUGAGUGCAGGCAGGUAAAUGAAGAAGGUAGUGCCACCUGUGGUGUUGUGUCGUGCGGCAUAACUCUGACCCCAAGUGGUGAAGGGAACAAGUUCCCACUGUCCACAGGCUUCUCUCUCCGGUAUGAGGAGAAAGCCUGGAGAUCCUGGGCGGCGGUGCUUCAUCCUGGUGUGUAGACUGCGGGUGGGUGCACUUACCCCCUUGGUACCAUGCCUGGUAGGAGGGCACCGAACCAGAGUGACAGGUGGUUGUGCCUUCGGGGUGGGAAAUGUAGAUUGCUGGUUCCAAACCUCCAAGCCCAUCCAAAACCUCCGGCAUAUGUAAUCGAAAGCCUUCAGGAAAUCAUCUUCCCAGUUUCAGGUAGUCUCCUGCUCACAAUGCUUAGUUACUGCAGUUUUGGUGGCCAUCUUGGACCGAGUGGGAGCUUCCUUCACAAGAUUCGCCCAGAAGCGCUGCCGAGGUGAGUAUUUGCUUGGUGGGGACCCGGAUAACCCCCACCAGCCCAGAGGGGGGAGGGAGGGAAGAGUACGGGUCUCUGAUAGUCAGCAAGUUGAUCCGGGCAGUUCCAGAUACAGGGAUCGGCUGCUUCUCCCAUCGAGGCUACACCAGGCUGCAAUAAACUGGAGGCCUCAGCUGCCGAACAACCGGAUUGGCGAAGCCUGGAGCCAGCACCAAAGUUGCCCAGGAAGUGCCAAGCGUAUGUGCCAGUGUCUGGGAAUCGAAUUGCCAGGGUAGUUGCACCCCUUAAAUCACUUUAAGCCAAGCCCCGUCCCUCCUGUAUUAUUUUUUUAAGCACCCUUAGACUUAAUUCAUCCAAAUUCCCCCCAUAAAUACUAUUCUUACCUAGUGCCAACUUUUUUUUUUUUUUAAAGACUAUUUGUCAGGAACUAUUUUUUUAAAAACAAAACCAAACAAAUAAUCAGUGCACAACGAAAUGUGAAAACACAAGACAAUGCUCAAUGUUAACAAUGGCAUCAUUAAGCCUGUAUGAUGACAUGAUGCAAGUUUUUUUUUUCCUGGUCCUAUUAAUAGGAGCUUAGACUGCUGUAGGAUGAAAAUUAAUAGAAUUGUAUAGAUUGGGGACAAUAAGGACGCUAUAAUGUAUGUGGGAUCACUCUUGCCUAUAUCAAACAUUAAAACACUAAAGGAACACUAUGGUGUCAGGAAUACAAACCUUUUUUCCUGGCACUAGUACUGGAAUACAUUAUUAGGUCCCCAAUCCCUCUCUCUGUUAAGAUUAAAGAUAAGCCUGCCUUUUUCCACAACUACUUCUGGCCCCCUCGCCAUGGCCGAGAUAAUCAAUCUUAAAGAUCCCCGCUAAUCCAAUCUAAGCCAAUUCAAUGCUUUCCCAUAGGAAAGCAUAGGGAUGCUUUUGCACAUGCGUGGGAAAACUGAAUCAAUGCAUCUCUGUGGGGAGUGUUUAGCACCUCCUUGCAGAGCAUGGAUGCCACAACUGUGAAGCACUGGACUAGGAAGCACUUCUAGUGGCUGCCUUUUAAACACAGUCUUUUCUCGGAUUUCUUUGUUUACAGUACAUUAAGCUGUAGUGGUUCUGAUGACUAUAGUGUCCCUUUAAAUAUCGGACUACGCAUAUAGAUUGUAGGACAAAGAGCAGCACACCUGAAGUGACAUUUAUUACACACACCGGAACAUAUGUAGGUAUUACGCAAGCCGGAUAUUAACGUAGUAGUAAGGUACCAUUGGAUGCAUAAUUCUGGGCCUGAUUGCAACUCUAAUAUAUUUGAGUGGUUCCAAUGUAGAAUUUGUUAAGCCUAUUUGCUAAUAUUUGUUUGCACAAAGUAUUGUUAAUAUUAAGUAUUGUGUGUUUUCACUUCCACACUUCCAGUUGCGCACUGAUUUUGUUUUUAGAUUAUGUAAUUGGUGGGAACAAUAUUAGUGCUGCACAAGUAAACAUUAGGUUUGCACAUUUAUAUUUAAAGUUCUGGUUUAACUUUGUUUUUGUUUUGUAAAAUAUUUUCCCUACAGCAAAGUAAUUAUUAUGACAUUGUAAAAAUAUUGUAGACAUUUGGCUUAGGAAAUUCUCAGUUUGGUUGAUAGUGAAUAAUGUGAAUGAUUUUUAUCAGCUGAAUAGAAGAGAAAUUAGCCAAAUGAAAGUGACUGAAUUUCCUGUUAAACAUUUUUUUGUAAGCCCCAUGAUCCGUUAAAUACUGCUCACAUUGUUAUCAAAAAAAAGUUAAUCUUUGCUUUAAGUGGGAUUUUUUUUGUUUGUUUCAUGUUUAAUAUGGUUAUAUUUGUUUUGAGACUGUUAGUGCAUUUAUAUUGAAAUAUUGAUACCUGAAAGUGAACUCACCAUGUCAUAAGCUUAGGUAUGGAGAGCUAGCAGUCAUAGGAAAUUCAGUUCUCUGUAAAAUAAUUGCUUUGUACCUAAUUGAUUCACUUGAGCUAUAGAUAUCUACGGAACACUGACAUGAGUUACAUUCCGUUUUGAUAGUAGAUGACUAAAUAUAAUACAAAUUACAUGAGCUACCUGCAUAGUCAUUUCUAUCAGUAAAAUGAAAACAAAUCUUGAUAUUUUUCUAUAAUAUUGUACUAUAUGACUACCACAGGAUAUCAUUCUGUUCAUAUUUACUAUUUACACUUCCCUAGAAUUAACUUGUCUUAUUUUACUAUUAAAGGGGCACCCUAAGUGCCAUAAUCACUACAUGCUGCGAACGUGGUUGUGGUGCAAUGCUGCUCAGUCAAGAAAUGUUGUCCUAAUUUGGAUAAAAUUGAGAUUGCUAAUGCAGAAUUGUAACGUCCACAAUAGCAAUAUGAUGACCGAGGUGUUAGGCCACAUGAAAAUGGUUUGACACUGAACUAGGUUGAAGCACUGGGGGCAUGUUGGAAUCAUAACCAUGACAGCAGGAUGUAGUGGAUAUUAUGCCUACAAUGCCCCUUCAAAUGUGCUGUAUAGGGGGAACCGCAUCUUGAUGGCAAACAUUGGAAUCCCUGAUGUCUGCGAACUUCAUUCCCUUUGAUGCAUUGUGAGAAAUGUAAUUCCCAGAUUCUGGGAGUAAGAAGGUAAGCCAUUACUGGCCUAUACUUACAGUUAUUUGAUAUUAAACAUACAUAUGAAUGCUUACAUUGAUGAAUACAUUCAUUCUAUCAUUUAGAGUUUGUACAUUAACCUUUCCUUUAUUUCUGACCUAUUUAUAGGACUUCAUGUAUUUCCAACUUUUGUGAUCUAUGAAUUAACGAUUCUGCUAUUUCUGACAUUGUCGCUGGUGAUGAUGAAGGUAUGUUUUACGUGAGCAUGUAAUUUUACAAAAAACUCCUCAGACACUAAGAACCGUGUUUAUCAUUUUGGAGUUAGCCAAUAAAAUAUCAGCAUUAUAAACAUAUCCUAAUGCAUAAGUCACCGCCUUUACAAAUGGCCAACGAAGGACACUUGUUUUUAAGAGCUGUGAUCAUGUUGUUGAAUUAUUAUUUUUAGGUGUGGUCGUAACCUGUUUAUGUCCUCUAUUGUAAGCUUUUGCAAGCUGUUUAUGUAAUUAAGAGGAUACUCUGCACAAAAACAACUUUAGCUUAAUGAAGCCGUUUUGGUGUGAAGAUCAUGCCCGUGCAUUCCCACUGUUCAACUGCCCUAUACAUGUCUUCUCUGGCUCAGACUCACACAGCCUCUAUGGAACAAAAAAAAAAAAAAAAAGAUUUUAUUUUUGCAGCAUGGUGUGUUUAUUUAGAAUGUCUUACCUUCUGCUCUGAUAAUUGAACCAUAAUCACAUACAGGAAGCUACUGCAGACUCUUUGGUGGUAAUUAAAGGACCACUAUAGACACCAAGACCACUACAGCUUAAUGAAGUGGUCUGGAUGCCAGGUCCAUCUAAGGUUAACCCUGCCUUCUGUAAACUGUUUAAGAGCUAUGUUUACAUAUGGGUUAAUCCAGCUUCUAAUGACUGACUCAUUGACAGCCGCUAGAGGCGCUUCCGCGCUUCUCACUGUGAUUUUCACAGUGAGAAGACGCCAGCGUCCAUAGGAAAGCAUUCAGAAUGCUUUCCUAUGGACUGACUGAAUGCUUGCAAGAGUUUGUUUUCCUGGCACUAUAAUGGUCCUUUAACAAAGCAGGAAAUAAAAUACACUCUGCAAUAAGUGAAGCUAAAAAAUGUACUUAUUAUUAGUAAGUCUGUAGACAGGCUGUGUGAAUUACAGCUGGGGAGGUGUGGAUAGGGCUGCAUAAGCAAAGUGAUUUUACUCCUAAAAGGCAGAGACUUGAGCAGUAAGGCUGCAGGGACAUGAUCUGUAAACCAAAACUGUUUUAUUCUGCAAAAGUUGUUUUGACCUCCAAGUGUUCCUUUACGUAAAGAUUAAAAUGCCAUAGCCACUGUAGCUUAUUGUUAUGGUGCUAGAAGGUUAUGGAUGCAGUCACUGGCUUUGUCAAACUCUUUUCAAGAGACUUGACAAAUUUUCCCAGCACCUAGAGCCCUCUCAUUACAAACAUCGUGAUGCACAUGUUUAAUUCCUCAUUAUCUGGCCAAGAUAUUUGUAUGGCAUGUGCACGAUGUGCGUGUUAAUAUGUGCAGUGUUAGGCUUUGAGGAUGGAACAACAUACCAGAAGGACUGCAGGGAUACAGCAUUUUUUCCUACUUCUUUAUUAUGAUGCCAACUUUGAGUGCCAAGAAAACACUGUCAAGCCGCUUGAAAAUAAUCUCAUGAAAACAGAAAAUGUUCUGCUCCGUAACCACUACAAUAAUCUGUAGUGGUUAUAGUGCUUGGAAUAUCUCUUUGAGUUAUUAACUUAAAGGGACUCUCCAGUGCCAGGAAAACAUAUGUUUUCCUGGCCCUGCAGUGCCCGUCUUCCUCCCACCCCCCAUUCCAUGUUGCUGAAUGGGUUAAAACCCUUUCAGUGACUUACCUGAAUCCAGCGCCGAUAUCCCUCGGCGAUGGGUCAGGCUUCGCCCAUGCUCCCCGCCAGCUGACAUCGACAUGUCUGCGCAUAUUAGACCUCCCCAUAUGAAAGCAUUAUCCAGUGCUUUACUAUGGGGAUUCCGGCGAUGCUGGAGGUUCUCAUGCAUAGCGUAAGGACGUCCAGCGUCGUUUAAAACACUUUUCGUGUUCUUAGAAGCCGGAAGUCUCUCUAGUGGCUGCAUGAUAGACAGCCACUAGAAGAGGACUUAACCCUGCAAGGUAAUUAUUGCAGUUUAUAAAAAUUGCAAUAAUUACACUUGGAGGGUUAAGGGUGAUGGGAGUUGGCACCCAGACCAUUCUAAUGGUGAGUGUUCCUUUAAUUGCAGUCCAAGUGCAAAUUUGCAUUAAUUUUAUUACUGUGGAACUUUGCAAAACAUUCUCUCCAAGGGAUUUUACAAAAUAGCAAGGGCACUGGGUAUGAUUAACUUUAAGGGAUACCAUAGGCACUAAAACAUCAUACCCCUGCAGUCUCACUGCUCAAUUCUCUGUCAUUUAGAAGUUAAAUCACGUUUGUUUCUGUUUAUGAGGCCCUAGGCACACCUCCCCUGGCUGUGACCAACACAGUCUUCAUUCAAAAAUGUUGUAAUUUCAAUCAAAUCUCAACUUAUUUUAGAAAUUUUUAUCUCGCUCUAUAAAUUGAACUUUAAUCACAUACAUAAGGCUCCUGUAGGGUAUAGGAGGCUAUUAAAAGAGCAGGAGAUAAUGAAUUCUAAAUUAAAGAUCAUGUUCAACACAGGAUGUUUAAAUAUUAUAUAUCUCUUUAAAGGAAGAGUUUAGGAAGGUUAUGUGAGUCAUGCCUGGAGGUGUAACUAGGGCUGCAUAAACAAAGCGAUUUAACUCUUAAAUGGAAGAGAAUUGAGCAGUGAGUCUGCAGGGGUAAUCUAUACACCAAAACCUCUUUAUAAAGCUAAAGUUGUUUUGGAAGCUCUAGUGUCCUUUUAAGGCAGUUUUAAGGGCGCUCUAAGUACCAUGAUUACUACAACCCACUGUAGUGUUUACGGUGCGGUCCUUCUGUUCUGUGUCAACCUACUUGAAUGAUUUCACACACGCUAAGAGUCUCCUAUAUGCCUCCAGCUUGACCACUCUGUUUAUACCACUAGUACACCUCUGCAUUAGCAAUAUCAGUUUUGUCCAGGUUUGGACAACAUUCAUUGGCUGAGAGUGUAAGCUGUCAUGCUAAGUCAAUGAACUCUGUCCAAACUUUGAUAAAACUGAUAUUGCUCAUGCAGGCAUGUAACUUCCGCAUUAGCAAUAUGGACCGCAUGAGGUUUUUCCACAGGGUCCUGUGGUAACCUCUGGUUGUGUCAAACUAUUUGAACAUGAUUUACAUAGAACUAGAGCCUGCAUUAUGCAGGUAUCAUAACCACUACAGUGGGCUAUUUAAAAAAAAAAUAAAAUUAAAAAAAUUUUUUUUUAACUGAUUGCAGUUUGUAGGACCCUUUAUUAAAACCAUGUAUUUUGACUUGAAUUUAUUGUAUACAGAAUUAUAAUUGUCUUAAUGUGCAUAUUUUGAUUCUUCAGUUUGUUUUAGCUGUGCUUGUACUGUCACUGAUUCUGCCCAAAAGCAGCCAGUACAUCAAAUGGAUUGUAUCUGCAGGCCUGGCACAAGUCAGCGAGUUCUCCUUUGUUCUGGGCAGCCGCGCUCGUAGGUCGGGGAUCAUUUCAAGAGAAGUAUGCUUUAACUUUUAGACGUUCUUUUUAAAGAAAAAAAAUUAUAAUAAUUUUAUCCGUAAAUUUUAAGAAAUAAAGUAUAUGCAUUUUUAAAUUAGAUUGUGCUAAAACAAAAAUAAGUAGAAAAAUAUAGUGCAUGUUAUACCACGAGAGAACAUUAUUAGAGAAUUUUAACAAUAUGUCUACAUUAAUAGAAGAGAAUAAUGUUCCCAAAACAUUAUAAAUGUUGCUUUGUGGAUAUCACCAGAUCUCCAAGAUGGCAUUAUUUUCUCACUCACACUUCAGAGUUAUGAAUCGUUUAAGUUUUUCAUGCUUAUUUUUAUUUAGGUUUUUGUUUUCUUCCACAGCAACUAGAAUGCAAGUGAUAGUUCCAGUGCUAUUCCUACAGCAAUUAAAUAAAAUACACAUAUAUAAAAUAAUGGCUAAAAUUAUACUGGUCAUACUGUAUAUUGAAACCAAAAAAAUAGACUAUUUGAGUAUUCCAGUAUCAAAUGUCAGCGGAUCAUGUGGCUAUAAUUAGCGGCUCAAGGGAGAGAAAAUAUAGCAGAAUUACCAAACAAUCUUGAUAUAGACUUAAAUCUUAUUGACGAUUCAUUUUCAUUCUCUGUGGCAGUAUAGUCAUGGUUAUAUCACAGUGAUUAAUAGGUUAAUCCGACUAAUUAGCAGAUAUCUUCCGAUCAAUAUUUGAAACUAAUAGACUUGUAUAUGCUGAGUUCUUGAAGGUUUGAAUUAAACAUGUCCAAAAAUCAGUAUAGAAACUUUUAAAUAUUUUGCAGCUUUUUAGAAGGGAAAUUAUUUCCUUCUAUUGACUUGCACACCAUGGUGGCAUUCAGUACCUUAGUUUGUCCCAGGGAGGGUGUGAGAUUACCUUUUAAGGGAAGUGUAUUCUAUCAUUCUAAUAAUGGGAUUUCCCUUGCUGAAUAUAGUAUAAAAACAAGCCAGACCACUGGUACCUUAACUAGUGGAUUUUUAAAGUCACACCAUAUGUAUAGCAAUUUGCAAGAUAUUAGAUACAGGUAGCUCUGUAUAUCCAUAGACUGAUUUCACUAUUCGAAUAUUCCCCUAGAGUGGUGGUUCACAACAUUUGUGGACCAAACUCUUGAUUUCUUUACCUUUAUCAUUAGCUUAAAAAAAAGCUACUUUACUUGAUGACUUACUAGAGAUAUAUUCAUAUUUCUAGCCAAACAUAGUUGUUAGUUUUAAAGGAACACUAUAGUGUUAGAAAUACAAGGCUGUAUUCCUACAGUGCUCCUCUACCCCCCACUUCCUGGUGGCACUGAAAGGGUUAAACAACACUUUCUUUUGCUCGCCUUAUUCCAGCGGCGAAGUCGCUCUGGCUCCAUCUCCGCCCUUUACGACAUCAGCGCAACGAGGGAACCUCAUGCCCAUGCGCAACGGGUGCCACUCACUUUACGCCUUCCCCAUAGGAAAGCAGAAACUUAUGCUUUCCUAUGGGGAUUUCGAGGAUGCUAGACAUCCUCAUGCAAAUCGUGAGGACACUGGUAAGAACUGGUGUUCUGGUGGCUAUAGUGUCCCUUGAAAUUAAUAAAUACGUAAAAAUUGGGAGAUUUGUAUUUGAUUCAUUGUUAUUGGUAGAUACCAGCGAUUGCGGAGUUUCACUUAGGGCCUUGAAGAGGCGUUUUACUUUGCCUCCGAAAUAAUGAUGGAAUUUGCUUGAUCUUAAGAGACAACACAGUUUUCUUGCCAUUUUAUGCCAUGAAUCUCCAGUUCUUACCAACUGCUAGUAUCUGUGAUUUCAACAGUGUUUGCCAUUGAGUAAAUCUCAGUCAAACUGAGGUUGCACCUUCGGUGCUGAAUAUUGCAUUGUCAGAAAUGAAUAUAUAAUUAGGAGCAUAAUAUGGAUUACUUUUCAAUGCCUAAACUCUAAACGAAAAGUAAUUACUUGAUCUCAUUAAAUUGUUCCCCAUUGUUAUUUGCACUCGUUCAUAUUAAUUCUAGGGUGCUGGGCUGUUAUGCAAGGAAAGACCAUACAAUAUUAAAAUACUUUGUCACUAUGUUAGCAGAUUUCAGAUUUUUUUAGAUAUUUAUCCUAUUAAUGCUUCUACUGUAUGUAUUUAGCUGCCUACCUCUAAUACGUACUACUUUAUAUCUAGGGGAAUAUAAGUUGCUUUUAAGUGUUCUUUUGUUCCCAGGUUAAACAUUUAAUUUUAUACAGUAGUUUCACUUUUAGGUUAAGCCGAUAAAUAAAUAUAAUUGUCACAUUUCACUUAUCAGUUUUCUGGAAGGGUUUUAUAGAAUAGAAUACCUUACAAUGUUUGCCUAGCUACCUACGUAAGAUUGCAUGUUUUGUGUCGCAUGGUAGUUAGUCCUGUCUAAUUUGUAUAACAAACCAAACUUUGACUGACAAGCUGAAUGCUGGUUUUAUUGGUUAUGUUCUGUGUUCUGUGUGUGCAUUUGCUUUGUUUGUAGUUUUUUAUGUGUGUAUAUUUUUUUUCUUCUUUCUAAUUCUGUUUCUGAGCAAAUGGCAGUGGAGACAAAACUCUACUUUCAGCAGUAGAAAGAUUAUGAAAACAUGUAGAUCUAGAACUAUCAGAAUUCCAGAUGGCAGCUUCAAAAAAAAAAAUAAUAAUCUGUUGAUACACAGUUAAACAUAUAGACAGCUAUUGACUUAAUGUUAUCAAAAAAUGUUUUUCAUACACUAAAUAACCCUGAGAUUAUAUUAGUUUGCACUGUACUUUCACUUUUAUUUUGCACUGUAUUUUUUUUGUAGUGUUUAGUAUGGGGUAUGUAAGAUAAAACUUCCACAUUUAAUUAUUUUUAAUUUCUCUCUGCACCACUUGCAGAUCAUCUUCACAUAUCAAAUAAAAUCAAAAUAAAUUUUUCUUUUAUUAUUAGUAUAUUAUCUUUUUAUAAAAAUAAUUCUCAUUCUUUUAUUUAUUUUUUUAUUUUAUUAUUUUUGCUUUUUUUUUAUACCACCAUACCUAAUGUGAACAUUUACUAAUUAUUCUCUUAGUUUUCUGAUCCUCCUUCUGUUGCUGGUCUCAGGGGAAAAUAUGUUGUGCUGUAGAGAAAUGACAUAGGCGUUUUCUGAACAUAUGAUAGCUUAGGGGACAAGAUGUUCUUUGAACAUAUGAUACCUUAAGGGAAACGAUUUUAUACUGCAUAGUAUUUUCUCCAUAAUCUAGCAAUAUACACAGGCAGUGCAGACUAAAUUGAAAUGAGAGUUGUUUUUAAAGGGCAACUGUCAUUUCCUCAUAUUUGUAAUAUGUUUACUCAUCCAUAUAUUGAACAAAUAUUUUUUUUGUGGGGUGUGAAAAAUAUAUUUAAAUGUAGAACUCCUGUACUGGGUGCCUCAAUUUCAGUUCCAUGUGUGUCAUUGUUGUAAGUUCUGUAGGAACAAGAGGUUUCCCGCGCUCUCUUCACAAACCAGGUGCUUAGCUGGAUCCGAGGCUGUCUGAUUUACAAACCUUGAGUACUUGGACCAUUCUAUUCUUUCUACUAUUGUUAUAAGUUCUGUCCUUUGCACCUGGUAAUCAGCAUAGAGAGACCACACAAAGAAGAAAAUAAAUUAAAUAAUGUGAGAGAUUCAUUAAGGCAUUAAAGCAAAACAGAUGUUAAACUGGGGCAAAGAGCUAACUAAGAAGUUAUCACUGUGGAAACCAAUAGAAUGAUACUCAACAUUUAGUACAUUGCACCCAAAAUAGCACCUGUUUUGCCUUCAUAAAUCUCACAUAUAGUUUAUAUUUCAUCUAUUCAUUUGCAAUGUGUGUUCUGGCUUUUGCGUUGUCAGAACAGUACUACCAAAGCAUGUCAUGACAAAAAAGUAUUACAUGAGUUAUAAGUAAAUUUCAAUAGUGUACAGAAGUAGUGACAGUCUAGCUUUGAAUCCAUUGAAAGAGAGCUUUACAAGAUACUAAGCUGUUUAGAUGGAAAGUAGUCCCGAUCUAGCUGAAAUGCCUUGAAAUUAAUUUAUAUUAUGCUUUCUUGUUCCAGGUCUACCUGCUUAUCCUGAGCGUGACAACAUUAAGCCUCCUGCUUGCGCCUGUAUUAUGGAGAGUAGCUAUCACCAGAUGUGUUCCAAGACCAGAGAAACGUGUGAGCACUUGAGCACAGACUGUAUUAGUGGUGGCAUCGAGGUGAAAAUAAUAACACACUGUUCUUUUAGAGAUUGGUGCCUCUCUUCUAUGAUUCUCUAGGCUUGCUCCCAUUAGAUAACCAUGCAACCCAAUAGGAUUGGGUUAGCAGCACAAUUCAGAGCAAGCCAGAGUGGGUGAUGCUUUUAAUAGUGACGUGUUUUAGGAUUUCCACUCCAUGGUCUAUCACACUACAUUUAUUUUUAUUAAUUACAUAGAAUAUAUGACAUCCUGGAGAAAGCCUUGAAUAAUUCUCCUUAAUGUGCCUUUGUAUGGAAAUUCCUUGUAAAAUAAUAGUGUGCAAGUGCAAUCUGUAUUUUUCCUACAUGUCGUGUGCUGUUGGCAGAAUCAGUUUGUGACCGUGCACAGCACGUUUACUGUGGACUCCCGCUGCUGAAUAUCCUGCUCGGAAAUAUCAGUUUAUCUAAUGAGAUCAUAUGGAAGCUUCAGGUCUCACUACCAGGCACAUAAUAUCUGUCUUUAGAGCUAAGAUUAAACUAAAAUCUCUGCAAUAAUGAAUGCCAUGCGCAUUGUCGUAUUUUGCCAACUCGUUGAAUUAUUGUGUAUGAAGGAAUAUUGUAUACUCUUUUUUUUUUUUUUUUUCUCCACUUUCUGAAACUAGAUUCUAUCCCUUCUUGUUUGGUGUGUCUUAUCGAUGAGGCAGGCUAUGGUUCUCCUGCUUCUUCCUUACAGGUGUAAUUCCCUGUGAUGAAGGUAUUUCUUUGAUAUAAUACGUAACUGCACACCGCAUUAGCAAUGUCCUUAAAUAUAUAAUAGAAGGAAUUGUAUUUGGUUGCUGGGAACAUAAUCAUAUUGUUGCACAAAGCUGUACGAGUGUUACUGUUAUUUUUAUAUUGUAUUGACUGUUAACUAAUUGCAUUGUGUUCAAUAGAGACCAAAGGGAAUAACAGAGAUCUAUAUGCCCAUGUGUUAAGGAAUGCUGCUAAUAACUUACCCUUCGAAGUACAAAGAAAAUGAGCUCUGGUAUUUGAGGGUAUAAAAGGGGCCAGUGACGGCUGCUUAUUUCCCGAAAACAAUUGCACAUUUUUUUAGCCCAAUAUGCUACCAACAUAGCCCUAAACAUUCUAUGUGCACAGAGGCAUUUUAUAUUGAUAGUUGCUUGGAUCAAGCAUUAGGUUGCUAUGUUUAUUGUCACACCUGAAGGAUGAUUGGUAAAUUAAUGGAAGAAACAAAUAAAGAAAACUAUUUGAAUCUG